UGAAACACAAGUGCUUUUUAGUUUGUAGCCGUGCAAUUUUUUUCAAUUUUUUUUUUUAUUUCUACAUAUAUCAUACACACACAUGGUAUACUGGAUGGAAGUAAAAAAUAAGCAAAAGAAGUAACAAAAAGUCUUUUCGCUUGUCGUGUAAGAAGAAAAAAGGACUUAGAAUAAUUUCGAUCGUCGCGCGCGCGGACUACAAUAUCGCGAAAAAAUUAUUUUUUUUUACGGAAACGAUAAAAAAAUAAAAUAUUGUAACAUCAAAAAAUAAAAAAGAAACGAAUUUUUGUGAAAUUGUGACUAUUAAAGCCAAUUUGGCGAAAAAAGUGGCAAAUUUAAGAGACUGUAGUUACGCUGUGGCGAUACAGCCAUGGUGAACGCGAAAAUGAAAAUAUUUUUGCCACUAGUCGUGUGGAUAGUGCUGUUUUUUAAUAAGGCACUUUCACAAAAAACACAGAGAUUACCUUUUGGUCUGACAAAAGAAGUAUUUUUUGUAAAUUUAGAAUAUGGCUAUUUCGGGUGUCAAAUCAACGAGACAACCGACUACUUACAAAUUUAUGAAUUAUCUAAAUUAUGCGACGGCGUCUCUGAUUGUUUUAUGGGAUCAGAUGAACUCCGCAAAGAACUGAAAUGUUCAAACAAUUGUGAUAAAGAAGAUGGUACAAAGUGUACCAAUGGUGUGUGUUUAGAUGGUGUCUGCCAUUGUAACGAUGGUUGGGGCGGUUGUAACUGCCAAGAAAAAGAUGAGAAUGAGUGUAAAUACAGACCGUGUGACGUGUUCGCCCAUUGCACAAAUACGCUGGGCAGCUAUACGUGUACUUGCUUUCCCGGCUAUAAUGGGGACGGGCAUCAUUGCGAAGAUAUCGAUGAAUGCCAAGACCCAUCAAUACGGGCACGGUGUGUAGAUCACGCUGAAUGUUGUAAUCUACCAUCGCACUACGUGUGUAAAUGUAAUCCCGGCUUUGAGGGAGACGGGGAAGAACUUUGUACAGACAUCAACGAAUGCCUGCAACCAAAUGCUUGCGGAGUGAACACCAAUUGUAUCAAUCUUCCGGGCAACUACACCUGCCAAUGCAAAGACGGUUAUAUCGGCACAAAUCCGUAUGACGGGUGUGCUGAUAUUGACGAAUGCGCAGAUCCGAAUGCCUGCGGACCCGGAGCUAUUUGUACGAAUCUCGAGGGAAGUCAUCGCUGCGACUGUCCCGAAGGGUUCGUCGGAGAUGCCCACAGUGCUCUUGGAUGCACGGAUUUGGAUGAAUGCACGACGCCCAAUGCGAGGGGAGUGGCGCCAUGCGGAAGAAAUGCUCUUUGUCACAACGAAGUCGGAAGUUUCAAAUGUUUAUGUCCCGAAGGUUACAUCGGAGACCCGAAUGUCGAUUGUCAAGAUGUCGACGAGUGUAAGAACGAUCCGUGUCCGAAAGGAGCAACGUGCGUAAAUACCAACGGAGGUUACGAGUGCAAAUGUCCCGAUGGGUAUACGGAAAGUCAACCGGAUGGCGGUUGCGUGGAUAUUAACGAGUGUAACACUAAAUCCAAUGCUUGUGGAAUUAACGCAAAAUGCUCUAACACACCGGGUUCAUAUCGUUGCACAUGUCCCGAUGGAUUCAAGGGAGACGGGAAAUUAUUUUGCGAAAAUGUUAACGAAUGUUUGGACAAUCCAUGCGGCGAAAACUCAAUUUGCACAGACACAAUGGGCGGUUACAUCUGCACAUGCAAGCCCGAUUUCACGGGAGAUCCGUACGCCAACGGAUGCGUCGAUAUUGACGAAUGCGAAACGCUUGACAAACCCUGCGGAAGUUAUGCAAUUUGCGAAAACGCGUCGCCCGGUUACAGCUGUAAAUGUCCUCAAGGUUUUGGCGCCGAUCCUGAUCCGAAAAUCGCGUGUGUUCAACGUGACGUCAAUAUUUUGUGCGAAAGUAACUUUGAUUGCACCACAAAUGCCGAAUGUAUCGACGGGCAAUGUUUCUGUCAAGAUGGCUUCGAACCGCAGGGCAGUGUUUGCGUCGAUUUGGACAAUUGUCGCAUGAAUCCGAAUUUGUGUGGUCCCUUUGCGACAUGUAUCAAUACUCCGGGUUCGUUUAGAUGCGAAUGUGAAGCUGGAUAUAUUGGGACACCGCCUCGCGUGAAAUGCAAAGCGCCUUGUGAAGAUGUCAAAUGCGGCGAUCACGCUUAUUGCAAGGCAGAUGGCGACGAAGCGUAUUGCGUUUGCGAAGAAGGAUGGACCUACGAUCCGAGUGACAUCUCCAAAGGUUGCAUUGACAUCGAUAAUUGCGACAGUAUGUACGGCGCUUCGGGUAUGUGUGGCACAGAUGCCAUUUGUACCAACACGCCAGGCUCUUAUGAGUGUUCCUGCCCGCCUGGAUUCACGGGAGAUGCACAUCGCGAAUGCAAACAAAUCGAUUUUUGUAGUCGCCCGAACAUCUGCGGCGAAAAUUCGUUAUGCACCAAUACUCGAGGUUCAUAUGAAUGUUAUUGCCCUGCCGAUAUGAUACCCGAUCCCGACCCAAGUGUACGUUGUAUUGCCGUUGUUACGUGCAAAAAUGACGAUGGAUGCCCCGGAAAUGCCAUUUGCGAUGCAGAUAAACGUUGUUAUUGCCCCGAACCGAAUGUCGGAAACGAUUGUCGCCAUCCCUGUGAAAGUAUGAGUUGCGGCCCGAAUGCGCAUUGCAUGUUGGCAAAUGGCGUGGCGCAAUGUUUAUGCAGCGAAGGGUAUACCGGAGGCUCCGAAUGUGUCGAUAUCAAUGAAUGCAGCGGAAAUCCAUGUCCUGCGGGAGCAAUUUGUACAAACUUACCCGGAUCAUAUACCUGUCAAUGUCCCGGCGGAAGUUCAGGAGACCCAUAUACCUCGGGAUGUGCGAAAAAUCAACCAAUUUCAACAUGUAGCGAAAAAAAUCCCUGCCCCCAUGGCGAAGCAUGUAUCCACGAUCCAUAUUCAGGAUUACGGGUUUGUAUCUGCGGCAAGGGUUACAUUCGCGAUAAUCAAACGGAAAAGUGUCGUGACUUAAAUGAGUGUUCCGAGAACCUCCAACCAGCAUGCGGGUUAAAUGCGUUAUGCAAAAACCUUCCGGGAAGCUACGAGUGUCAAUGUCCUGCGGGAUUUAACGGAAACCCAUACAAAAGUUGCGAAGAAUGCAAUUCCCCCGAAUGUCAAUGUCAAGCUCCGUAUAAACUUGUAGGCGGAAAUUGCAUUCUCGCCGGAUGUUCUGAGGGAGAAAAAUGUCCUCCGGGAGCAGAAUGCAUUUCAAUCACGGGCGGUGUGAGUUAUUGUGCUUGCCCGAAAGGUUUUCGCACUGAAACCGAUGGAUCUUGUUAUGACAUCGACGAAUGUGCGGAAAAUCAAAAUGCUUGCGGGUAUGGAGCUUUGUGUCAAAAUACGCCGGGCAGUUAUGAAUGCACGUGUCCUCAUGGGCAAUCAGGAGAUGCUUAUAGAGGGCAAUGUGUGCCGGCUCAAGUUAAAUGUUCAUCAGAUAACGAUUGUAAUGCGAAUGAAAAAUGCGUUCAACCGGGCGAUUGUAUUUGUUCGCCGCCAUUUUUCCUCGACCCAUUGGAUGGAAAUAAAUGUAAAUCGCCUUGCGAAAGAUUUUUCUGCGGAAUUAAUGCGCAAUGUACUCCAACGGACCCGCCAACGUGUGCUUGUCUCCCUGGAUUUAAAGGAGAUGCGUUAAAAGGAUGUGAACCAGCUGAUGAAUGUGCGAAAUCCCCCUGUGCGUAUGGAGCUCAAUGCACGAACCAAAAAGGAGGUUAUAAAUGUACAUGUCCUCGAGGCAUGACAGGCGACCCGUACAAAGGAGGAUGUAUUUUGGAAAACGGAUCAGUUCGUUCCGAUUGUCGAACGAACUCGGAUUGUGCGAAAACUCUCGCUUGUGUUCGCGGAACGUGUCAAAGCCCUUGUAUAAGUCUCACGUGUGGCCUAAAUGCCGUUUGUGAGCCCGAAAAUCACGUCGCUUGGUGUAAAUGUCGCGUGGGCUUCGUUAAAGGAGAUAAUAACGAAUGCGUUUCGCCAUGCGAGAAUUUCAAAUGCGGUACGGGAGCAAUGUGUAUCGUUACGAAUAAUGGACCGACUUGUAAAUGCCCGCCAGGAGAGAAUGGAAAUCCCUUUCCGGGAGGAAAUUGCGUCACGGAUAUGUGUUCGUCGACGAAACCUUGCGCCGGAAGUCAAGUUUGUAUCAAUGGAAGAUGCAAACAUCGAUGCGAUGACGUCGUUUGUGGAGUCGGGGCAAUGUGCGAUGCGAAUACCGGCAAAUGUGUCUGUGAACCAAAUUUCAUCGGGAAUCCAGAUUAUAUUUGCAUGCCACCAAUCAAUCCUCCAACGUGCGAUCCCCCAUGCGGAUCAAACGCCCAUUGCGAAUUCGGUUUCGUACAAAAUCGCUGCGAAUGUGAUGCCGGCACUAAAGGAAAUCCUUACGAAGUUUGCGGCACUGAACGUGAAGUUUGCACGCCCCAAUCUUGCGGCAAACAUGCUGCUUGCAAAGAAAGUGUCACCGGAAUCGAAUGCAUUUGUCACAACGGCUUUUCAGGAAAUCCUUACGUAGCGUGUCACGAUGUCGACGAAUGCAAUGCUCAAACUUGCGGUGAAAAUGCCGUUUGUUUCAACACGCCAGGCUCUUUCGAUUGUCAAUGCAAACCUGGAUACGAGGGAAAUCCCUUCGUCAUGUGCUCGAUAAAAGAAGCAAAAGUUUGUGACAAUCCGCGAAAUUGUCGAUGUAGCGAAGCGGUACUUUGCCCGCCGGAUUACGUUUGCAGCAAAGGACUUUGCAAGAAUUUAUGCGAUAACGUGAGUUGCGGACCGCGAGCUGGAUGCAAUGGCGGCGUUUGUGAAUGUCCUCCGGGAUAUUUCGGCGAUCCGAAUGACUUGGUUGACGGUUGUCAAAUCGAAGGACAAUGCAACACAGACACAGAUUGCUCAUCUACCGAAAUUUGCUUCCAAUUGAGUCGAGGAACGAGAAAAUGCGUCGAUGCUUGUGGGAAAUUAUCAUGCGGACCGAAUGCUUUGUGCAUCACAGCGAAUCACAAAUCGUCUUGUAUUUGCGCUGAAGGUCAUGUCGGCGAUCCCAAUGAAGGAUGUCAAAUCGAGGGACGAGUUUCGGGCUGUAAAUCUCAUUUGGAUUGCGAAACGGGUCAUAUUUGCGCUUUAACCGACGCAAAUAUCAAAGAAUGUGUUGAUCCAUGUCGAACUGUGGCAUGCGGAAGAAACGAAAUUUGUCGCUUAGAUGAAAGAAAGAACCCUAUUUGCCAUUGUAAAGAAUCUUUCGCAUGGAAUCCCGUGACUUCCGUAUGCGAAAAACCCUCAGUGCCCAAUUGCGUGACAGAUGAAGACUGCAAAUCGACGGAAAGCUGUCAACCUGACCCACUGGGCAUCAAAAAAUGCGUUCUCGCAUGCAGUAAAUUCACGUGCCCUCAUAAUUCGCGAUGCGAAGCGAAAUCUCACGUCGCCGCAUGCAAAUGUUUAGAAGGAUUCAAGGGAAAUCCGAACGACAGAAAGGGUUGUCAACCAAUUACAAAAGAUCAAUGUUCAACAAAUGUCGAAUGCGGCGAAUCAGAAGCUUGUGUUCAAGUCAACGGCGCGUUAAAAUGUCGUCCUGCUUGUGAUUCGAUCAAAUGUGGACCGGGCGCGGUUUGUAUCACAAACAAUCAUAAUGCUCAAUGUCAAUGCCCUCCCGGUUCAUAUAUCGGAGAUCCAAAUGAUUUGACGAAAGGAUGUCAAGAAGUGCCUUGCGUUUACAAUAAAGACUGCCCUCCAACUGAUCUGUGCAAUCGUUUGACACAUAAAUGUCAAAAUGUGUGCGACGACGAAGAUGUUUGCGGCGAAAAUGCGAUUUGCAUUCCGGAAAAUCAAAAAGCUGUGUGUCAAUGUCCUCCGGGAUUCAAAGCUAAUCCACGUCCUGAAGUUGAAUGUACUCCGGGUGACGUUUGCGGACCCGAAUCUUGUCAUAAAUCGGCAAUUUGUGAACCAACUGUCAGUGGAUAUGCUUGUAAAUGUCCCGUAGGGAUGAUUGGCGAUGCAUAUUCGGCGGGCUGUCAUCCAGUUGGAGCUUGUCCUAAUGGAGAUCAUGACUGCCCCGUCAAUUCUGCAUGCAUAAAUGGCGAAUGUAAAGAUCCUUGUCACACCGCUUGUGGUCCCAAUGCGAUUUGUUUCAUCAAUGAAGAUCGUAAACCAAUUUGCGAAUGCCUGAAAGGGUUCAAAAGUAUUUCAAACUCAUCGCGAGAUGGAUGUACGCGCCAAAUUUUAUCAUGUGUCAACGAUCUCGACUGUCAUGGCGACUAUUGUCACAAUGGACAUUGCAAAGUUGCUUGUCGCAAUUCAAAAGAUUGUUCCCAUAGCGAAAAAUGCGUUCAAAGUUUGUGUAUGAUUCCGUGUUCGAGUAAUAGUCAAUGCCCCAGCGGACAAACUUGCUCAUCGGGAUCUUGCACGAUCGGUUGUCGCGGUAAUUCAGAAUGCGCGGCAAACGAAGCUUGUAUCGGAAGUAAAUGUCAAAACCCGUGCAAACUUGAGGGAACAUGCGGACCAAAUGCGAUGUGUGACGUAAUUGAUCAUAUUGCGACAUGUGCUUGUCCCGGAGGAUUUGAAGGAAAUCCAACGCCAGAUCAGGGCUGUGUUCGAAUGCCAAAAACGUGUCAAGAAAAUUCCCAAUGCACAAAGGGAAAUGUUUGUGUUGACAAUCAAUGCAGUGUUCCAUGUGCCAAAUCUGACGUUUGUGCGAUCGGAGAACGUUGCGCCGAUGGAUAUUGCGCGAAAGUUUGUUACACGAACAAUAAUUGCUUACCUGGCGAGAUUUGUAAUGAAAAAGGAACAUGUCAACCUGGAUGUAAUUCUGACGUCGAUUGUCCCGAUACGAAAGUUUGUAUUCGCGGGAAGUGUCGUUGCGAUAAUGGAUUUAUUGGAACGCCAUUUGGAUGUAACGACAUUAAUGAAUGCGAAGAAAAACCGUGUCACAUUAGCGGAGUUUGCGAAAAUACGCCGGGUUCGUUUAAAUGUGUUUGCCCAAAGGGAACUGUCGGAGAUGCUUAUACCGAUGGAUGUUUGAGACCGAAUCAGUGCAACAGAGAUGACGAUUGUAACAUGAAUUUGGCGUGUAUUAAGGGCAAAUGCAGUGAUCCGUGUUUGCAUAGUGAAUGCGGAAAAGGAGCUGAAUGUCUUCCGUUGGAUCAUCAAGCAACGUGUCAUUGUCCCUCGGGGCAUUUGGGAGAUCCGAGCGAUACGAAAAUUGGAUGUUUCAGAGUUGAGUGCUUGGAUGAUCAAGAUUGUCCUGCGGAUAAACAUUGUCAAACGGAGUCGAAUCGUUGCAUAAACUCUUGCGAAGCAGCAAAUUGCGGCAAAGGCUUGUGCAAAAUCGAAAAUCAUCGUCCUCUGUGCGAAUGUUUCGCCGGUUACGAACUCAUCGAUGGUCGUUGUCAAGAAACCGACGAAUGUCUCCAACAACCUUGUCAUCCUACGGCAAUUUGUCGCAACACGCCGGGCUCUUAUUUGUGUUCUUGUCCCGAUGGUUUAAUCGGAGAUCCGAUUUCCACAGGAUGUCGAGCUCCGGGCGAAUGUUUAACCGACACGGAUUGUCCCGAUACUGCCUUGUGUCGCGACGCUAAAUGUCGAAACCCGUGCGAAGAUGAUGUUUGUGGCGUCAAUGCUUUGUGCUCGGCCAUCAAUCAUCAAGCUGUUUGUGAAUGCGCGACAAAUUCCCGCGGAGAUCCUUAUCGCGAAUGCGUUAAAAUCGAAUGUGAGGACAAAGAUGAUUGCGCUGCGACAAAAACUUGCGUCGAUUCGAAAUGCGUCGAGCCUUGUAGCUUACCAAACGUUUGCGGAAAAGACGCAAAAUGCACGACGGAGAAUCAUUUGGCGGUUUGUGCGUGUCCCGCAGGUACUACAGGCGAUCCGCAACUUGGUUGUGUCCCGAUUCAGUAUUGCAGCAACGAUCAACAAUGCCCGGGCGGAAGUAAAUGCAAUUCGGGCGUUUGUUCGGCGCUUUGUUCGAGUUCUCGUGACUGUUUGAGUGAUCAACUUUGCAUCGAAGGCAUUUGUCAACCGACGUGCACUUCAAAUAGCACCUGCCCCGAAUUCCAAUUUUGCCUUAACAACAUUUGCACGCAAGAAGUAAUUUGUCACAACGACGAGGAAUGCGAAGAAAACGAAAUUUGCGUCAUGGAUGGCAAUGGGCGAUCAGAAUGUGUGAAUCCGUGCAAGGGGCGCAUCGUUUGCGGGCGAAAUGCGGAAUGUCAAGCGAGAAAUCACGCCGCCAGUUGCUCCUGCAAACCCGGAUUUUACGAAGACUCGAAGGGAUUAUGUCGCAAAAUUGAGUGCAACAGCGACAAUGAGUGCACAAAAGACAAAUUUUGUCAGAAUCACAUGUGCAAAAUUGCUUGUUUGGUUGGAAAACCAUGCGGCGAUAACAGUAUUUGCUCUUCGAUCAACCACAAAGCAGUUUGUGAAUGUCAACCCGGAUUUACGGGAGAUCCAAAAGUUUCUUGUACCGCAAUUGACUAUUGCAAAGCGAAUCCGUGUGGCUUAAAUGCCAAAUGUAAGAACUCAAGAGGCUCGUUCCGGUGUAAUUGUCCGCCCGGAAUGAUCGGAGAUGCCUAUAAAGAAGGAUGUCGGCCCCCAGUUGAGUGCGUGAAGGAUGGAGAUUGCCCGAAUAACGCCAAAUGCGCAGAUGUUGCCGGAGAACCAAAAUGCAAAGACGUUUGUGAAGGCGUAACAUGCGGACCUAAUGCCGAAUGUAACAGUUUGAACCACAAAUCGAUCUGCGUUUGUCGCAAAGGAUUCGACGGAGAUGCAGGAAACUUGAAAUCAGGCUGUACGCCAAUUCCCGUGGCUUGCGAUGCAACAAGCGAUUGUCCUGAAAACACAUAUUGCCAUGAAAAUAUUUGUAAAUCUGCUUGUCAAUUAACAUCCGAAUGUGGUCAUGAUGAGAUCUGCUUAGCUGGUCAAUGUAUCAAUCCAUGUCAUCAAGAGAACGCUUGCGGAAUGAAUUCCGAAUGUUUGAUGUCGUCACAUGAGAAACAAUGCGUUUGUCCUCCUGGAUUUACCGGAAAUGCUGCUGUUGAGUGUGUGAGAAUUCCCGUUGCCUGUCGCUCAAACGCCGAUUGUCACAACGGAUUCACAUGCCGCGAUACAAUGUGCUUACCUGCCUGUUCUCACGAUCAAGAAUGCGCCCUCAACGAACGUUGCUUGGAAGGAAAUUGUCUCCUUACGUGUCGCGUCGACAACGAUUGCUUCUUGGGUCACAUUUGCUUGAACAACAAAUGCGUUUUCGGCUGCAAACAAGAUUCGGAUUGCAGCGCUUCGGAAACGUGUCGCAACAACAAAUGCUCCGAUCCAUGCUUGGAUAGCGUUUGCGGUCCAAAUGCCCUUUGCACUGUAACGAAUCAACGUGCAACUUGCAGUUGCGUUCAAGGAAUGGUUCCCGCUCCAACUGCCAAAAUCGGAUGUGUUCGUUCGCCGGCAUUACCGUGCAACGAAAAUCGCGAUUGCCCGGAUGGCGAAGCUUGUUUCAGCGAUUUGUGUCGUCCUGUGUGCGCAAAUGACGCCGGUUGUUUGGGAAAUGAGCGUUGCGAUAAUGGCGCUUGCAAGCCAAUUUGUCGUCGUGACGAUGAUUGUCGAAAUGGAGAAGUUUGUCAGGGACUUGUUUGUGCUGCGGGAUGUAGAAGUGAUGCGGGUUGCCCUGAUGAUCACGCUUGUGUGAACCAACAAUGUGUUCAUGCGUGUGCCGAAGCGACAUCUUGCGGUACAAAUGCUUUGUGUACAGCGAUAAAUCAUCGUCAGGCAUGUUCUUGUCCUCCGCCGCUGGUUGGAGAUCCUUUAGUUGCUUGCAGACACGAAACAACGCAUUGUACAACGAAAGCAGAUUGCCCCGCAGGUCAUACGUGUUACGGAAACGUUUGUCAAACUUCAUGUCGAAACGAUCAGAAUUGUUUGGCAGAUGAACGUUGUAUGCGAGGCGUUUGUCGAACAGUUUGCAACAGCGAUUCGGCAUGCGGAUUAGGAUUUAUUUGCGAAAAUCGUCUCUGCCAAGCUGGAUGUCGCUCAGAUACGACUUGCCCUGAUAACGAAGCUUGUAUCAACAAAAAAUGUACAGAUCCGUGCGGCGUGCUGGGACAAUGUGGCGCAUGCGCAGAAUGUACUGUGAUCAAUCAUGGCGUCCAAUGCUCUUGUCCGAACGGAUUUUUGGGAAAUCCGCUUCAAGCUUGUACCGCGCCGGCGGAAAAAUGCAAUAGUUAUUGCGAAUGCGAUGAAUCUGGCGUUUUUUGUGCCGAACGUUGUAGCUUGGAUAACGAUUGUGCUUGCGGACAAAAAUGCUACAAAGGAAAAUGUCGUGCACAAUGCUCACAUGGAAGUUGCGCGCCGGGACAAUUGUGUCAAAAUGGCGCUUGUAUGCCCGGUUGCAAGACAAAUUCCGAUUGUUCUGUCGAUAAAACUUGCUCAAAUGGACAAUGCGUCGAUCCCUGUGCCAACGAACGUGCUUGCGGAAGAAAUGCAAUUUGCAAAGCGGCAGAUCAUCGUGCCUUGUGUCUCUGUCCUGAUGGAUUCCGAGGAGAACCGUCGCAAGAAUGUGUCUCGUUCGAGUGUCAAACGAACGACGAUUGUGACGUUAGUACAAUUUGCGAUAAUGGAAGUUGUAAAAAUCCCUGUUUGGAGGCUGGAGCAUGCGGAAAUAAUGCGCAGUGUAAAGUCAUUAAUAGACAUGCCGAAUGUUCGUGUCCUUCGGGAUAUUUCGGAAAUCCACUGAUUGGAUGCGAAAAGUUGCAAUGCACGAAGAAAUCUUGCGGAGUUUGUAAGAGUAAUCCAUGCGGCGCAGGAGCGUUGUGUGAAGAAGUUCCCGCCGGAUAUCAAUGCAAAUGCCCGCCUUUGUGCACAGCGAGAGACAAUGAUCCGAGAAAUGGAUGUAUUUGUAUUGGAGAUGCGGUGACGAGUUGUAAUGGAUAUCAGUGUGGCGUAAAUGCUCAAUGUAGAAUUAAUUCGUUGCAUGAUAUUCCGGAAUGUUAUUGCCCGCCUGAAUUGCCUUAUGGAAAUCCAUUGGAGAAAUGUACAAAUAACGUUCAUGAUCAACCUCAUGACGAAGACUGUCGAACUCUUGGAUGCGCCGUCGGAGAGUGCAUUAGACAAGGCACCCAAUUUGUGUGUCGUCAAGAUGAAAAAUGUACCAACGACGAGGAUUGUGACAGUGAAAAGUCCUGCAUAAACGAGCAAUGUUUGGAUCCGUGUACCUUGAGAGGCGCUUGCGGCGAAAAAGCUUUAUGUAAAACAGUGAUGCAUCGUCCCCGAUGUUCAUGUCCCGAUUGUCACAUUGGGCGCCCAAAUAAGGAAUGUGUGCCAGAUCCGAAUUGCGAAACGCUUCCAAAGAUCCCAAAAAUAGCGACGCCUUGUACUUCCGACAGAGAAUGCCCGGAAAAUCUUCGAUGUGACAUCAGCGGGCAAUGUAGCGACCCUUGCGAAAGUCCCGUUGCCUUCCAAUGCGAAGAAUUCAAGAAAUGCAGCGUUCGAAGACAUCGUCCCGUAUGCGUUUGCAAAAAUGGCUUCAUGGUGAAUGAUGUCGGCGAACUAACCUGCGCCCCGGAUAAGCGAGAAUGCGUCGAUAACGAUGGAUGCGCUUCGAAUUUGGCGUGUCUCGAUGGAAAAUGUCGCAAUCCGUGCAUCGAUUACGGGUUACAUGGACCUCCGUGCACGGAAAAUAAGCAAUGCGAGGUGCUCGAUCACAAACCCGUCUGUAUUUGCACGAAAGAUUGCGUGCCAGCUGUCAGUAUUUGCCUGCGAGACAAUGGAUGCCCCUCGGAUCUCGCUUGCCGCAAAUUCCAAUGCGUCAAUCCGUGCGAAACAGCAACUUGCGGCAGCGAAACACCGUGUUACGUGCAAGAUCACAAACCAAUUUGCAAAUUUUGCCCGCCCGGAUACAUAAAUGACACGUACCAAGGAUGCUUAAAAGAAAUUGGUUGCACUCACGACUCAUCGUGCCCGUUGGAGACAGCGUGCAUCAAUGGCAUUUGCAAGAAUCCUUGUAGCGAGCAUAAUUCCUGUCAAGCUGAUCAAGAAUGUCAAGUUCAUAAUCAUGAAAUGGUUUGCGUUAAAGUUUGUCAAUGUCAACGCAGCGGCGAAUGCCCCUCCGGAUACAUCUGUGACGGUUGUAACUGCGUUCAACGCGACGAACCAUCUCGCGGAUGUGAACAUUGCGCACCUGGCGUCGCAUGUAACCCCUUGACACACGCUUGUGCAUCUGCUAACCAAACAACUACCAAAAAGCCAAGCGGAGGCACUCCUCGUUUGCCCACGCCAUGUCUCUCCGACAAGGAUUGCAUCGAAACGGAGGCAUGUUAUUUGGGUUUAUGCCAAGAUCCAUGCGAAUUUCGUGAUGUUUGUGCCGCAACGGCAAAAUGCUUGGCAAAAAUGCAUAGACCCAUUUGUUCAUGCCCUCCGGGUCACGAAGGAAAUCCGAUGGUCAACUGUACAGCAAUUGAAACAAUGAAAUGCACAACGAACCACGAUUGUCCCUUAGCAGAAGCCUGUAUAGGGAAUAUGUGUCACAAGCCAUGCGACAUCCGGAAUCCGUGUGUGGAAAAUGCUGUUUGCAUCAACGUCAAUCACGGAAGCGAUUGCAAAUGCAUCGAAGGUUAUCAAGGAAAUGGUUAUGCCAAAUGUGAAUUGGUUCAAGGUCGUAUUCCGGAGACAAACGUUUGUCAAUACAACGAAGAUUGCCCGCCACACAAACUGUGUGAUCGUCUCAAUCGUCGUUGCAUCAACCCAUGCAUGGAAGACUCGUGCGGAGACAAUGCUGAAUGUUAUCCCGUCGAUCAUGCUGCUCAAUGUCGUUGUCUCCCGAAUACCAUUGGCAAUCCAUACACUGCUUGCAAAUCAUUCGCUGGUUGUGUAAGCGAUAGCGAAUGCAAUUCGUACGAAGCUUGUAUCAAUGGUCAAUGCGGAUCGCCUUGCGAAUGCGGAAUUAACGCUCAUUGUGACGUCAUUAAUCAUCGUGCUGUUUGCAAAUGUCCUCCCGGAUAUCAAGGAGAUGCCCGAGUCGCUUGCAAUCCGCCAUCUAAUCCAUGCGAUCCAAAUCCUUGCGGUAUUGGAGCUUUGUGUGAAUUGGAUCGAGGAAGCCCAAUUUGCUUCUGUCCGAAAGGAAUGACUGGAAAUCCAUUUGCUAAGUGCAUUCCUGAAGGAGAUGAAUGUUCAUUAAACGCAUGCGGACCAAACAGCGGAUGUCGUCUCGUUGGCGGAAAUCCCGUUUGUUUCUGUUUGCCCGAAUUCGAAGGUCAACCUCCGCAUAUUCCGUGCCAUAUACCCGAAAAUCCUUGCAAUCCUUCCGUUUGUGGACCAAAUACUCAAUGUUCCGUUUUAUCGAAUGGAUAUGCGAAAUGUACUUGUCUCUCUGGAUACGUCGAAAGCCCCAAUACAAUUCGAGGAUGCGUCGAACCAAAAGAUCCUUGCGAUCCAAAUCCCUGUGGAAGCGGCGCAAUUUGCGACAGUAGUCGAAAUCCCGUUUGUCAUUGUCCCGAAUCGUUCGUUGGCAAUCCCUUCAAGAGCUGCUAUCGACCAAUUGUCAUUCCGGAUCUUUGUGCGCCAGGCCCAUGUGGAAGAAAUGCCGAUUGUUAUGUCGCCAACAACCAAGAACAGUGUUUCUGUCGUCCCGGCUUCACCGGAGAUGCGUACAUUGGAUGUGAUGCUCCCGCCAAAACUGCUUGCGAUCCAAAUCCAUGCGGACCUCGUGCGGAUUGCAUCGUUUUGCGUGACGGAAAAACAGCGUGUCAAUGUCCCGAAGGUUAUGGAGGCGAUCCAUCGUCGCCAACGGGAUGUCACGGAUACGAAUGUACUGUCGAUGAGGAAUGCGCCGAUGAUCAAGCUUGUCUCGGAUUCAGAUGUCGCGAUCCGUGUCCCGGAAGUUGCGGAUAUGGCGCUCAUUGUCGCGUUUUGAAACAUCAUCCGAUUUGCAAUUGCCCGAAUCCGUUGGUAGGAAAUCCGCUUUUGCAAUGUCAUUUGGAAGAUGUUCCGCAAAGAAAUCCGUGUUGGCCAAGUCCAUGUGCUGCAAAUACGGAAUGCGUUGCGCAAGGAAGUCAUGCCGUUUGUCGUUGUUUGCCCGGAUAUCUCGGAAAUCCAGAGACAGGAUGUCGCCCUGAAUGCGUCAUUAAUUCGGAUUGCGCGACAAAUCAAGCUUGUAUCAAUCACAAGUGCAAAAAUCCAUGCGAUGAUCAAUUGUGCGGAAUUAAUGCUGUUUGCAAGGUCUUUGAUCACACAGCACUUUGCGAAUGCCAAUCUGGUUACAUUGGAGAUGCCUUGUAUCAAUGCGUAAAGAUGCCUCAUCGUGAUCCCAUGCCAAAUCCUCCGUGCAAAGCUCAUCCAUGCGGCGAACAAUACGGUUGCUUAGAUUAUUCGUCUCACAUUGCCAUUUGCGAUCCUUGCAACUCACCCGAAGCGCAAUUCAAUCCAAAAUGUCGCCCAGAGUGUAUCGUAAACGCCGAUUGUCCCUUCGACAAAGCCUGCAUCGGACACAGUUGUAUCGAUCCGUGUCCCGGAAGUUGCGGCCAUAACGCCGAAUGUUACGUGCAAUCGCAUAUCCCGCAAUGUCAAUGCCCUCAAGGAUUCUACGGAAAUCCCUUUGAAUAUUGCUCAACGCAAAGUGUCAUCGUGCAUGAACCAAUUUCGUGCGGCGAUAACAUUUGCGGCACAAAUACCGAGUGUCGAAACAACGGAAAUGCUCUUGCGUGCGUUUGUUUGCCCGAAUUUUACGGAGAUCCGUUGAUCGGAUGUCGUCCUCAGUGUAUCGUGAAUUCCGAAUGUGCCAUGAAUCAAGCCUGCCAUGGUUACAAAUGCGUUGAUCCGUGCAAAGAUGCGUGCGGAUUGGGCGCCAUUUGUACCGUUAUCAAUCAUUUCCCGGUGUGUCAUUGCCCUGAAGGAUAUGCGGGCGAUGCGUUGGUUUCGUGCAACGUUUAUCGCGAACCAAUUUACGAAAUUACCCAAAAUCCGUGCGAUCCAUCGCCUUGCGGACCAAAUAGUCGUUGUCUCGUAACGCCAGACAAUACAGCAGUUUGUUCGUGUUUGCCUGGAUUCCGUGGAAGUCCCCCAACGUGUCAGAGAGAAUGUAUUUCGAGCUCUGAAUGUCCCCUGAACAAAGCUUGUUUGAACUUCAAAUGCGCAGAUCCCUGCCCCGGAACAUGCGGAUUGAAUGCCCGAUGUGAAGUUCGUGCUCAUAAUCCGAUUUGCGCUUGUCCGCCCGGAUUUGUUGGAGAUGCCUUCCAAUCGUGCAUCAUAAAAGUCGAACCCGAAGAACCGGAAUAUCGUGAUCCUCAUAAUCCCUGCGCGCCAUCUCCGUGCGGUCCAAAUUCCAUUUGUCAAGUCAAACAAGGAAGACCUGUGUGCAGUUGUCAAGCGAAUUACAUCGGAGGUCCUCCGCAUUGUCGUCCCGAAUGUAUUACGCAUCAAGAAUGUCCUCACGAUCAAGCUUGCAUCAACGAGAAAUGCGAAAAUCCUUGCAUCAAUGCGUGUGGCGCGAAUGCCGAAUGUCACGUUGUUGCCCAUUCCGCUUCUUGUAGCUGCUUACCGAAAUAUCAAGGCGACGCUUUUGUCGGAUGUACUCGAAUUCCUGAUGAUCCUCCGGUGCCUCAAGAUCCUUGUUACCCAUCGCCAUGCGGACAAAACACAAAAUGCGUGAAUCACAAUGGACAAGCGAAAUGCAGUUGUAUCCCGCCAUAUUUGGGAGAUCCUUAUACGAGCGGAUGUCGUCCCGAAUGUGUCUUAAAUAGCGAUUGCCCGAGUCAUCAAGGAUGUAUAAACCAACAUUGUCGCGAUCCCUGUCCCGGCGCAUGCGGAAGUAAUGCCGAAUGUACUGUCGCCAAUCAUAUUCCGAUUUGCGCCUGUCUUCGUGGAUACAUUGGAGAUGCCUUUACGGGAUGUCGCCUGCAACCAAUUGAACCUGAACCACGUAAAGAUCCGUGUUCGCCAUCGCCAUGCGGGCCAAAUUCGAUUUGUCGUGUCACGGGAGAUCGCCCAGUUUGCUCUUGUCAAACGGGAAUGAUUGGAGCGCCGCCUCAAUGUCGUCCCGAAUGCGUAACGAGCUCCGAAUGCCCGCUUAAUAAGGCUUGUGUCAAUAGGAAAUGUAUCGAUCCGUGUCCAAAUACCUGCGGAAUUAAUGCAAGAUGUCAAGUUUUGAAUCACAAUCCGAUUUGCAGUUGUCCCGCAGAGUUCCCGAGAGGAGAUCCGUUCGAUAGAUGCUUCGAAGAACCUCCAAAACCAAUCGUUCCUGUCAAUCCUUGCGUUCCAUCGCCAUGCGGCGCCAACUCCAUUUGUCGCGUACACGAUGAACGCGCAGUUUGCAGCUGUGUACAAGGAAUGUUAGGAGCUCCGCCAAAUUGUCGUCCCGAAUGCGUAAUAAAUGCCGAUUGCCCAACAAAUCGUGCUUGUAUCCAACAAAAAUGUCGAGAUCCGUGCGAAGGAAGUUGCGGCUUCAAUGCUCAAUGUCACGUGCAAAAUCAUCAACCAAUUUGCUCGUGUUAUCCUGAUCACGAAGGCGAUCCGUAUGCCGGAUGUAGCAGAAAAGUUAUAUACGAUGUUCCUAUCGACGUUUGCAAUCCGAGUCCCUGUGCUCCAAAUGCUGUCUGUAGAGAACUAAAUGGUGUUGGUAGCUGUACUUGCAUGCAAAAUUACUAUGGGGAUCCAUGGGUAAAUUGUAAGCCAGAGUGCAUUCAAAAUUCCGAAUGUUCCUACGACAAAGCCUGUGUUAACAAUAAGUGCGUCGAUGCGUGUGCCAAUGGCAUUUGUGGUAGUUUCGCGGAAUGUCGUGUUGUUAACCAUGCACCUAUGUGUCAUUGUAUUGCUGGCUUUACCGGCAAUCCAUCCGUUAAAUGUUACAAAAAUCCAAAACCAUUACAAGAUCCAAUUGAUCCCUGUGUUCCAUCGCCAUGCGGUCCCUAUGCGAAUUGUCGCGUCAUUGAUGGGCGCCCAGUUUGCAGUUGUGUCGAAAAUUACUUUGGCGCUCCGCCAUAUUGUCGCCCAGAGUGCACGAUAAAUUCCGAAUGUCCCACGAAUCGCGCAUGUAUCAACCAGAAAUGCGUUGAUCCGUGUCCCGGCACGUGCGGAUAUAAUGCACUUUGUCGCGUCGUCAACCAUUCUCCAAUUUGCACCUGUAAAGCUGGCUUCACGGGAAAUCCAUUUGAUCACUGUAAACCUAUCAUAGUGCAUGAACCUGUAAAUCCGUGCAUUCCGUCGCCCUGCGGGCAAAAUUCAAUUUGUCGCGAAACGGAUCAUCGAGCAGUUUGUUCGUGCCUGCCAAACUUCUUUGGGCGCCCGCCGAAUUGUCGACCCGAGUGUACCGUCAAUUCGGAUUGUCCGUCGCAUUUGGCAUGCAUUAAUGAGCGUUGCAAAGAUCCGUGUCCCGGAAGUUGCGGGCAUUAUGCAGAGUGUCGCGUACAAUCACACAAUCCAUCAUGUUAUUGCUUGGAAGGGUAUCAGGGUGAUCCAUUCAAUGGUUGUAGCAAAAUACCCACACAACUCUAUGAAGAACCUGCUCAUCCUUGUUCGCCAUCUCCGUGUGGCGUGAACGCCUUUUGUCGCGAACUUAAUGGCGCCGGAUCUUGUACUUGCCUUCCCGAAUAUUUCGGCGAUCCUUACAUUGAGUGUCGUCCCGAAUGUGUGAUGAAUAGCGAUUGUCCGCGUACCAAAGCGUGCGUCAAUCAGAAAUGUGUCGAUCCAUGCCCGGGAGUUUGUGGCGUGAAUGCCGAAUGUCGCGUCGUUAAUCACGCGCCAAGUUGCACGUGCUUCGUUGGAUACUUUGGCGAUCCUUUCCGUGCGUGCGAAUUGCCGCCUCAAAUUACGUAUGAUCCGCCUCAAGAUCCGUGUCAACCAUCUCCCUGUGGACCUUAUUCCACGUGUCGCAAUGUUAACGGAAGAGCUGUUUGUUCGUGCGUACAGAAUUAUAUUGGCGCGCCUCCAAAUUGUCGCCCUGAAUGCGUUGUUAGCUCCGAAUGUGCCCUGAACAAGGCUUGCAUCAACCAAAAGUGCAAAGAUCCUUGUCCCGGCACGUGCGGCAUCAAUGCACGGUGUCAAGUUGUCAAUCAUAAUGCUGUUUGCUCGUGCGAAAUCGGCUAUACGGGAGAUCCGUUUAUUCAUUGCUUGAAAGAACCUGAAAUCAUUCACGAUCCAAUUGAUCCAUGCAAUCCUUCGCCUUGCGGUCCAAAUUCGCAAUGUCGAGAUACGGGACAUACCGCAGUCUGUUCUUGCAUCAACAAUUACAUUGGAAAGCCGCCAUAUUGUCGCCCAGAGUGCACGACAAAUUCUGAAUGUCCUUCCCAUCUCGCGUGUAUUAAUGAACGUUGUAAAGAUCCAUGUCCCGGAAGUUGCGGAUAUCAUACGACUUGCACUGUUUCAGGACAUCAACCGAUUUGUCGAUGCUUAGAUCAAUACACGGGAGAUCCAUUCACAGGAUGUCAUCCUGUUCCUAUUGCUCCAAUUCCCGUUGAAAUCCCGAUGCCUUGCAAUCCAAGCCCUUGCGGAAUUAACGCAGUGUGCAGAGAACAAAAUGGCGCCGGAUCAUGUUCUUGCAUCCCUGAAUACUCGGGAGAUCCGUAUAUUGAAUGUCGUCCCGAAUGCGUGAUGAACAGCGAUUGUCCAAAAACGAAAGCUUGCGUUAAUCAAAAAUGUGUUGAUCCCUGCCCCGGAGUUUGUGGAUUAAACGCUGAAUGUUACGUCACAAAUCAUGCGCCAUCUUGUUCUUGUAUACCCGGAUACAUUGGAAAUCCAACAGUUGCAUGUCACGAGCCUCCGAAGCAACUUGAUCCUCCGAUAAAUGUUUGUUCUCCAUCUCCAUGCGGUCCAUACAGUCAAUGUCGCGAAGUAAAAGGACACGCCGUGUGCUCAUGUCAACCUAAUUACAUUGGAGCUCCGCCAAAUUGCCGCCCUGAAUGUAUUGUGAACUCAGAAUGUGCUCUCGACAAAGCUUGUUACAACCAAAAAUGUGUAGAUCCUUGCCCGGGAACAUGCGGGCAUCAUGCAAGUUGUCGCGUUUUGAAUCACAGUCCUGUUUGUAGUUGUCCUCCUAAAUAUACGGGAGAUCCGUUCUUUGGAUGUACCGUCGAAACAAAACCUCUUAUCAUACGAGAUCCCGUUGAUCCGUGUGAUCCAUCGCCAUGCGGUCUAAAUUCACAAUGUCGCGUUGUUGGAAGCACAGGCGUUUGUAGUUGCUUACCAAAUUACAUUGGGCGCCCGCCAAAUUGUCGCCCCGAGUGUACAAUGAAUUCAGAAUGUCCCGGAAAUCGAGCGUGUAUCAAUGAACGUUGUAAAGAUCCGUGUCCCGGAAGUUGUGGCUUUAAUGCCCUUUGUCAUGUUGUAAAUCAUUCGCCUGUGUGUACUUGUCAACAAGGUUAUCAAGGCGAUCCGUUUGCCGGGUGUAAUCCUAUUCCUCUUCCUCCAAUUCGUGACGAAAUCGUAAAUGUUUGUCAUCCAAGUCCUUGCGGAAGUAACGCCAUUUGUCGCGAACAAAAUGGCGCCGGAUCUUGUACUUGCAUUCCCGAAUAUUUUGGCGAUCCGUAUAUCGGAUGUAAACCCGAAUGCACAAUGAAUUCCGAAUGUCCCAAGAACAAAGCGUGUCUCAAUCAAAAAUGUAAAGAUCCUUGCCCCGGAGUUUGUGGCAUUAAUGCCGAAUGUAGCGUAAUAAAUCAUUCGCCAUCGUGUUCGUGUCUCGCUGGGUACAUUGGAAAUCCAAGUAUUGCCUGUCACGAACCUCCCAAACGUCAAGAUCCCCCAAUUAAUGUUUGUUCUCCGUCUCCGUGCGGCCCAUACGCUAAUUGUCGCGAAGUUAAGGGACACGCUGUGUGUUCUUGCCAACCGAAUUACAUUGGUGUUCCGCCAAAUUGUCGUCCCGAAUGCAUUGUUAGUUCGGAAUGUGCUCUCGACAAAGCGUGUGUGAAUCAACGUUGCGUUGAUCCGUGUCCCGGAACAUGCGGGCAACAUGCAAGAUGUCAAGUUGUUAAUCAUAGUCCUGUUUGUAGUUGUCCUCCUAAAUUUACGGGAGAUCCGUUUGUGCGUUGCAUUGAAGAAAAACCAAUUAUUAUUCAAUCAGAACCUGUUAAUCCAUGUAUUCCUUCGCCAUGUGGUCCAAACUCUCAAUGUCGCGUUGUUGGCAAUACAGGAGCUUGCUCUUGCCUUCAGAAUUACAUUGGGCGCCCGCCAAAUUGUCGCCCCGAGUGUACAAUGAAUUCAGAAUGUCCCGGAAAUCGAGCGUGUAUCAAUGAGCGUUGUAAAGAUCCGUGCCCCGGAAGUUGUGGCUUUAAUGCAGUGUGUCAUGUCGUGAAACAUUCGCCUACUUGUACAUGUCAAAUAGGAUAUCAGGGCGAUCCGUUCGCCGGGUGUAAUCUUAUACCCAUCGCGGAUUAUCCUGAAGAGCAUAUUGACGUUUGCAAUCCAACUCCAUGCGGAGCAAACGCCAUUUGCAAAGAACGUAACGGCGCAGGAUCGUGUUCAUGUCUUCCCGAAUAUUACGGAGAUCCUUAUUCGGGCUGCAAACCAGAAUGCGUUCUCAAUUCCGAUUGUCCCAAAACGAAAGCGUGCGUCAAUAACAAAUGUGUUGAUCCAUGUCCCGGCGUUUGCGGUUUGAACGCUGAAUGUAACGUCAUAAAUCAUUCUCCAUCAUGCUCUUGCAUUCCCGGAUAUACGGGAGAUCCGUUAACGGCGUGUCAUGAACCUCCUCCAAUUAUUCACGAACCUAUUGACGUUUGUAAUCCAUCGCCAUGCGGACCUUAUGCAAAUUGUCGCGAAGUAAAUGGUCACGCUGUUUGCUCGUGUCAAUCGAAUUACAUUGGUUCUCCGCCAAAUUGUCGCCCCGAAUGUGUUGUCAGUUCCGAAUGCGCUCAAGAUAAGGCUUGCGUUAACCAACGAUGUGUUGAUCCUUGCAUUGGCACAUGUGGACAAAAUGCUAAAUGUCAAGUGAUUAAUCACAAUCCGAUUUGUAGUUGCGCAAACGGAUAUACGGGCGAUCCAUUUGUUAGAUGUACACAAGUAGAAACAACUACUCUUAGACCUCGAGACGAUUUACAUCCGUGCUCGCCUUCACCCUGCGGACCAAACAGCGUUUGCCGCGAAAUAAAUGGACAAGCAGCUUGUUCUUGCCAACCAAAUUACAUUGGGCGUGCACCAAACUGUCGACCCGAGUGCAUUAACAAUCACGAGUGUGCCCAUAAUUUGGCUUGCAUUAACGAGCGAUGCCAAAAUCCUUGUCCAGGCGUUUGCGGCAUUAACGCUGAAUGCUCUGUUCACAAUCAUAAUCCCAUUUGCACGUGUUAUCCCGGAUACGAAGGUGAUGCAUCUGUACAAUGUAAUCCGGCAUUACCGCCACCAAUUGUCACAGAAAGACCAAAUCCUUGCGAACCAAGUCCCUGCGGCGCGAAUGCCGAAUGCAAAGAAAGAAAUGGCGCGGGAGCAUGUUAUUGUUUACCCGGUUACGAAGGCAAUCCAUACGAGGGUUGUCGACACGAAUGUGAAUUGCAUUCGGAUUGCUCGCCACGUCUUGCCUGUGUUCAAAACAAAUGCGUCGAUCCAUGUCCCGGCACCUGUGGUUUAUAUGCCAUUUGUAGUGUCGAAAAUCACGUACCUAAUUGCAUUUGUCCUCCGGGCACCGAAGGCAAUCCAUUCGUACAAUGCAAAGAAAUCCCGCCAACAACAACUCCCCGUAUUAAUCCUUGUCAUCCAUCGCCUUGCGGUCCAAAUUCACAAUGUCGCGAGAUAAACGAUCAAGCAGUUUGUUCGUGUCUCGAAACGUUCAUUGGCGCACCGCCAAAUUGUCGUCCCGAAUGCAUUGUGAACAGCGAAUGUGCCCUUGACAAAGCUUGUAUCAAUCAAAAGUGUCAAGAUCCCUGUCCGAAUACGUGCGGCAUUAAUGCACAAUGUACUGUCAAAAAUCACAGCCCAAUUUGUGCAUGUCUCGCGGGUUAUACGGGCGAUCCAUUUGCGCAUUGCGAACGCAUUCCCAUUCAACGUGAUGAACCGACAACAGAACGUCCCGCAUCAUGUACCCCGAAUCCGUGUGGUCCCCAUUCGCAAUGUCGCAUUGUCGGCAAUUCGCAUGUCUGUUCGUGCCUUCCUGAUUUUAUUGGAUCUCCGCCAAGUUGUCGUCCCGAAUGUGUCUUGAACUCCGAAUGCCCAAGUCAAGAAGCUUGCAUCAAUAUGAAAUGCAAAGAUCCUUGUCCUGGCAGUUGCGGCGUAAAUGCAAAUUGCCAUGUACUUAACCAUGUUCCAAUUUGCACGUGUAACGCAGGACACGAAGGAGAUCCAUUCCUUAGAUGUAUAUAUGCCCCGCCAACAACUGAAGCUCCUCGCCCGAUCGAUCCAUGCAAUCCAAGUCCUUGCGGAGCAAAUGCUGAAUGUUUCAACGGUGAAUGUCGUUGCCCAGCAGAAUACAUUGGAAAUCCUUAUGAAGGUUGUCGCCCCGAAUGUGUUCUCAAUUCUGAUUGCUCUCGUGACAAGGCUUGUUUGCGUAACAAAUGUCGAGAUCCCUGUCCCGGAACAUGCGGUCAAGGCGCAAGAUGUGAAGUUAUCAAUCAUAUUCCAACAUGUUCUUGCCCCGAAGGUCAUACAGGAGAUCCUUUCACAUUCUGUCGAUUGAUGGAUCCUGUACACAUUCCAAAGAUAAAUGUUUGUGCGCCAUCUCCAUGCGGCCCCAAUUCACAAUGUCGUGACAUAAAUGAUCACGCUGUGUGCUCUUGUUUGCCCGAUUUCAUUGGAGCUCCGCCAAAUUGUCGUCCUGAGUGUGUCGUUAGCUCCGAGUGUGAACUCACAAAGGCUUGUAACAACAAGAAAUGUGUCAAUCCAUGUAUUGGAGCAUGCGGGCCUGGCGCAAGAUGUGAAGUUAUCAAUCACAGUCCCAUUUGUAGUUGUCCCGCAGGUCAAACAGGAGAUCCAUUCCAAGGUUGUAGAGAUAUUCCUCCUCCGCCAAGAGAUGUUCCUGUUAUCGUAGAUCCGUGCAAUCCAUCGCCAUGCGGUCCAAAUGCGCAAUGUCGUGCAAUUGGAGAUACUCCGACAUGUUCAUGUAUCGAAAAUUACAUUGGAGCUCCGCCAAAUUGUCGUCCCGAAUGUACAAUUAAUGCUGAUUGCCCGACAACUCAAGCUUGUAUCAACAACAAAUGCAAAGAUCCAUGUCCCGGAAGUUGCGGAAGCGGCGCCGAAUGUCACGUUAUUUCGCAUGCUGUAUCAUGUACUUGCCCUACAGGUUACGAAGGAAAUCCAUUUGUGCAAUGUGUGAAGAUUCGCAUUGAAUUGGCGAAACCUUGCGAACCAAAUCCAUGCGGACCAAAUGCUGUUUGUCGAGAACAAAAUGGCGCAGGAUCGUGUCGUUGCAUCGAUGAAUAUUUAGGAAAUCCGUAUGAAGGUUGUCGCCCCGAAUGUGUUCUCAGCUCAGAUUGCCCAUCGAACAAAGCUUGUGUUCGUAACAAAUGUCAAGAUCCAUGCCCGGGUGUUUGCGGAAUGAAUGCUCAAUGUAAUGCGUUUAAUCAUGUACCUCAAUGUACUUGUAUUCCCGGAUAUACGGGAGAUCCAUUUGUACGAUGCGGUAUCAUUCAAGAAGAUCCAAUUACUGAAGCGCCUUAUGUUAAUCCAUGUUUGCCAUCUCCCUGCGGUCCAAAUAGUCGUUGUCGUGAAGCAAAUGGAGUUGCUGUUUGCUCUUGUGAUAAUGAUUUCAUCGGAGCUCCGCCAAAUUGUCGUCCCGAAUGUACCGUUAACGCAGAAUGCCCAAGCGAUAAGGCUUGUCACAAAUUCAAGUGUACAGAUCCGUGCAAAGGAACAUGCGGGCUUCAAGCACAAUGCCAAGUUAUCAACCAUAAUCCGAUUUGCAGUUGUCCAAAAGGAUAUGAAGGAGAUCCUUUCGUUAGAUGUACGCCAAUUCCUCCGAAACCUAUUGCUCCAAGAGAUCCUAUUGAUCCAUGUAAUCCAAAUCCAUGCGGAUUAUAUGCCGACUGUCGUGCUUUCGGAGAAACGCCGUCAUGCUCAUGCAAGGCAAAUUACAUUGGACUUCCGCCAAAUUGUCGCCCCGAAUGCGUCGUCGAUACAGAUUGUCCUCAAAACAGAGCAUGUCAAGAACAGAAAUGUCGCGAUCCUUGUAUCUCAGCGUGCGGAUUCAAUGCUCAAUGUAGUGUUCAAAAUCAUCGCCCAACUUGUUAUUGCGUUGAAGGUUUUGAAGGAGAUCCAUACACGGGAUGUCAAGAAAGACGUCGCGAUGAGCCUCCAUUGAAUGCAUGCGAACCAUCGCCCUGUGGAGCAAAUGCUGAAUGUAUUCAACGAAAUGGCGCCGGAGCAUGCAAAUGUCUUCCCGAAUAUUUCGGAGAUCCGUAUACAGGAUGUCGUCCCGAAUGUGUAUUGAGUCAAGAUUGUCCAACGAACAAAGCGUGCAAAAACAACAAAUGUGUUGAUCCUUGCCCGGGUGUUUGCGGAGUGAAUGCUCAAUGCUCUGUAAUUCAUCAUGCGCCUCAAUGCAACUGUUUGCCCGGCUUUGAAGGAGAUCCAUUUAGAGCGUGUCAUGAAAUUAGAAAUGAUCCUAUCGUUCCUGAAUAUGUAAAUCCAUGCUCUCCAUCUCCUUGCGGUCCAAACAGUCAAUGCAGAGAAAUUAAUGGACAAGCAGUUUGCUCUUGCUUACCAACAUUUAUUGGAUCACCGCCAAGCUGUCGUCCCGAGUGCGUUGUUAGUUCAGAAUGCUCGCUCGACAAAGCUUGUGUGAAUCAAAAAUGUGUCGAUCCAUGUCCCGGAGUUUGCGGAACAAAUGCUAAAUGUUACGUUCGCAAUCAUUCUCCAAUUUGUAGUUGCGACAACGGAUACACCGGAGAUCCGUUUUCACGUUGUUACCCAAUUCCACCACCUCCGCAAGAUCCGCCCCAAAAUCCAUGUGUGCCAUCGCCUUGCGGACCCAAUUCGCAAUGUCGCGAUAUCAAUGGAUCUCCUGCUUGUGUUUGUUUGCAAGAUUACAUCGGUUCUCCGCCAAAUUGCAGACCUGAAUGUACAAUCAACUCGGAAUGUCCGACAAACAAAGCAUGUAUCAAUCAAAAAUGCAAAGAUCCGUGUGUCGGAAGUUGUGGACAUUACGCCAAAUGUAGCGUUAUCAAUCACACUCCAGUUUGUUCCUGCGAUGUAGGUUAUACAGGUGAUCCAUUCACAGGUUGUCAACCAAUUCCACAACAAACUCCCGUUGAAUACAUUAAUGUAUGUCAACCGAGUCCUUGUGGCAUUAACGCAGUUUGUCGAGAACAAAAUGGAGUUGGAUCAUGUACUUGCAUUGAAGAUCAUUUGGGAAAUCCUUACGAAGGAUGUCACCCAGAAUGCGUACUAAACUCCGAUUGCCCAUCGAAUAAGGCUUGUGUUAGAAACAAAUGUCAAGAUCCAUGUCCAGGCGUUUGCGCUCCAAAUGCGAUUUGCAAUGUUGUUAAUCAUUUACCUCAGUGCAAUUGCAUUCCUGGAUACACAGGAGAUCCGUUUAGAUAUUGCACAAUUCAAAGAGACGAACCUGUAACGCCCGCGUAUGUAAAUCCUUGUUCUCCAUCCCCUUGCGGUCCUUAUAGUCAAUGUCGCGAAGUUAAUGGUCAAGCAGUAUGUUCUUGCUUGCCCAAUUACAUUGGAAGUCCUCCGGGUUGUCGUCCUGAAUGUACUGUUAGUUCAGAAUGCCCUCUUGACAAAGCGUGUCAAAAUCAGAAAUGUGUUGAUCCUUGCCCCGGAGUUUGUGGGCAAAAUGCUCGUUGUAACGUUCGCAAUCAUUCCCCUAUUUGCAGUUGUAAUUCUGGAUACACAGGAGAUCCAUUCGUUCGUUGUACUAAAAUCCCACCUCCUCCAUCAACGCCUCCAAGAGACGUUCCUAUUUAUCGAGAUCCUUGUGUUCCAAAUCCCUGUGGACCUUAUUCAACGUGUCGAGCAUUUGGAGAUAGUCAUUCUUGUUCUUGUUUACCUACAUAUAUUGGUGCUCCGCCAAAUUGUCGACCUGAAUGUAGAAUUAACUCUGAAUGCCCAAGUAAUUUGGCUUGCAUAAGAGAAAAAUGUAAAGAUCCUUGUCCGGGAAGUUGCGGAUUCAAUGCCAAUUGCAAUGUUUUGAAUCAUAUUCCUAAUUGUGUUUGUUACGAAGGAUAUGAAGGAGAUCCAUUUGUUGGAUGUAAUCCAAGGCCUCCGCAAUUACCUCCUCAACCUGACGAGCCAAUUUGUGAUUGCGGACCAAAUACAAGAUGCGACGAUGGCGUUUGUACAUGUUUGCCCGAAUAUUACGGCGAUCCUCAUCAAGGAUGUAGACCUGAAUGCGUUUUGAAUUCAGAUUGUUCACGAGACAAAGCUUGUAUUCGAAACAAAUGCAAAGAUCCUUGUCCGGGAACGUGCGGAGUUGGAGCAAUUUGUGAUGUUAUUAAUCACGUUCCAAAUUGUCACUGUCCUCCGGGUACAGCAGGAAACGCAUUUAUUGAAUGUCGCCCAUAUCAAGAUCCUGUUGUUAUCACAAAUCCUUGUUCGCCAUCUCCUUGCGGUCCAAACAGUCAAUGCAGAGAAAUCAACGGACAAGCAGUUUGCUCUUGUCUUCCAAAUUAUCUUGGAAGUCCUCCAAAUUGCAGACCUGAAUGCACAAUUAAUGCAGAAUGCCCAUUAGAUAAGGGAUGCGUUAACCAAAAAUGUGUUGAAGUUUGUCGAGGUGUUUGCGGAAUUGGAGCAAAAUGUACUCCUGUUAAUCACAGUCCAAUUUGUACUUGUCCUCCAAGACACACGGGAGAUCCAUUUGUAAGAUGUCAACAAAUAAUUGAGCCUCCGGCUUAUGAUCCUCCUCAAGAUGUUUGCAAUCCAUCGCCUUGCGGGCCUCAUUCACAAUGUCGUGAUAUUAAUGGAAGCCCAUCUUGUUCAUGUUUGCCCGAAUUCAUUGGAUCUCCGCCAAAUUGCAGACCUGAAUGUGUUAGCAAUUCUGAAUGUCCUUUGAACAAAGCAUGUAUUCAACAAAAAUGCAAAGAUCCGUGUCCCGGAUUAUGUGGGCAAAAUGCAAAUUGUCAUGUUGUUAGUCAUACGCCAAAUUGUGUUUGUAUUCCCGGAUAUGAAGGAGAUCCAUUUAGUGUUUGUUCUCCAAUCAAACAAAUUUUAUUCGAACACAUUGAUGUUUGCAAUCCAAGCCCUUGCGGAAGUAAUGCAAUUUGCAGAGAACAAAAUGGUGCAGGUUCAUGCACAUGUCAAGAAGACUAUAUCGGAAAUCCUUACGAAGGUUGUCGUCCCGAAUGCAGUUUGAACUCUGAUUGUCCUUCGCAUUUAGCUUGUAUUAACAACAAAUGUAAAGAUCCUUGUCCCGGAACUUGCCCUCAAUUCGCUACUUGUCAAGUUGUUAACCAUUUGCCGUCAUGCACUUGUCUUCCGGGUUAUUCAGGAGAUCCAUUUAGAUACUGUUCUAUUAUAAGAGACGAACCUGUCACUCCUGAAUACGUAAAUCCUUGUUCUCCAUCCCCUUGCGGUCCAAAUAGUCAAUGUCGCGAAGUAAAUGGUCAAGCAGUAUGUUCUUGCUUGCCCAAUUACAUUGGAAGUCCUCCGGGUUGUCGUCCUGAAUGUACUGUUAGUUCAGAAUGCCCUCUUGACAUAGCGUGUCAAAAUCAGAAAUGUGUUGAUCCUUGUCCCGGAGUUUGUGGGCAAAAUGCUCGUUGUAACGUUCGCAAUCAUUCCCCUAUUUGCAGUUGUAAUUCUGGAUACACAGGAGAUCCAUUCGUUCGUUGUACUAAAAUCCCACCUCCUCCAUCAACGCCUCCAAGAGACGUUCCUAUUUAUCGAGAUCCUUGUGUUCCAAAUCCUGGACCUUAUUCAACGUGUCGAGCAUUUGGAGAUAGUCAUUCUUGUUCUUGUUUACCUACAUAUAUUGGUGCUCCGCCAAAUUGUCGACCUGAAUGUAGAAUUAACUCUGAAUGCCCAAGUAAUUUGGCUUGCAUAAGAGAAAAAUGUAAAGAUCCUUGUCCGGGAAGUUGCGGAUUCAAUGCCAAUUGCAAUGUUUUGAAUCAUAUUCCUAAUUGUGUUUGUUACGAAGGAUAUGAAGGAGAUCCAUUUGUUGGAUGUAAUCCAAGGCCUCAUUUUGCUCCAAUUCCGCAAUUACCUCCUCAACCUGACGAGCCAAUUUGUGAUUGCGGACCAAAUACAAGAUGCGACGAUGGCGUUUGUACAUGUUUGCCCGAAUAUUACGGCGAUCCUCAUCAAGGAUGUAGACCUGAAUGCGUUUUGAAUUCAGAUUGUUCACGAGACAAAGCUUGUAUUCGAAACAAAUGCAAAGAUCCUUGUCCACAAUUAGAAUAGUGCGGAGUUGGAGCAAUUUGUGAUGUUAUUAAUCACGUUCCAAAUUGUCACUGUCCUCCGGGUACAGCAGGAAACGCAUUAAAAAUUGAAUGUCGCCCAUAUCAAGAUCCUGUUGUUAUCACAAAUCCUUGGUCGCCAUCUCCUUGCGGUCCAAACAGUCAAUGCAGAGAAAUCAACGGACAAGCAGUUUGCUCUUGUCUUCCAAAUUAUCUUGGAAGUCCUCCAAAUUGCAGACCUGAAUGCACAAUUAAUGCAGAAUGCCCAUUAGAUAAGGGAUGCGUUAACCAAAAAUGUGUUGAAGUUUGUCGAGGUGUUUGCGGAAUUGGAGCAAAAUGUACUCCUGUUAAUCACAGUCCAAUUUGUACUUGUACUCCAAGACACACGGGAGAUCCAUUUGUAAGAUGUCAACAAAUAAUUGAGCCUCCGGCUUAUGAUCCUCCUCAAGAUGUUUGCAAUCCAUCGCCUUGCGGGCCUCAUUCACAAUGUCGUGAUAUUAAUGGAAGCCCAUCUUGUUCAUGUUUUGCCAAUUCAUUUGUUGGAUCUCCGCCAAAUUGAUCUCGACCGGAAUGUGUUAGCAAUUCUGAAUGUCCUUUGAACAAAGCAUGUAUUCAACAAAAAUGCAAAGAUCCGUGUCCCGGAUUAUGUGGGCAAAAUGCAAAUUGUCAUGUUGUUAGUCAUACGCCAAAUUGUGUUUGUAUUCCCGGAUAUGAAGGAGAUCCAUUUAGUGUUUGUUCUCCAAUCAAACAAAUUUUAUUACACAUUGAUGUUUGCAAUCCAAGCCCUUGCGGAAGUAAUGCAAUUUGCAGAGAACAAAAUGGUGCAGGUUCAUGCACAUGUCAAGAAGACUAUAUCGGAAAUCCUUACGAAGGUUGUCGUCCCGAAUGCAGUUUGAACUCUGAUUGUCCUUCGCAUUUAGCAUAAUAUUUUUACUUUUAAUUUAUAUAAUGUUGUAUUCAAAUUCAAAAUUUACAAAACAACAAAUGUAAAGAUCCUUGUCCCGGAACUUGCCCUCAAUUCGCUACUUGUCAAGUUGUUAACCAUUUGCCGUCAUGCACUUGUCUUCCGGGUUAUUCAGGAGAUCCAUUUAGAUACUGUUCUAUUAUAAGAGAUGAACCUGUCACUCCUGAAUACGUAAAUCCUUGUUCUCCAUCCCCUUGCGGUCCAAAUAGUGCAAUUCGCGAAGUAAGGAUUUCCGAUAUACUUGAAAUGGUCAAGCAGUACAUUGGAAGUCCUCCGGGUUGUCGUCCUGAAUGUACUGUUAGUUCAGAAUGCCCUCUUGACAAAGCGUGUCAAAAUCAGAAAUGUGUUGAUCCUUGUCCCGGAGUUUGUGGGCAAAAUGCUCGUUGUAACGUUCGCAAUCAUUCCCCUAUUUGCAGUUGUAAUUCUGGAUACACAGGAGAUCCAUUCGUUCGUUGUACUAAAAUCCCACCUCCUCCAUCAACGCCUCCAAGAGACGUUCCUAUUUAUCGAGAUCCUUGUGUUCCAAAUCCCUGUGGACCUUAUUCAACGUGUCGAGCAUUUGGAGAUAGUCAUUCUUGUUCUUGUUUACCUACAUAUAUUGGUGCUCCGCCAAAUUGUCGACCUGAAUGUAGAAUUAACUCUGAAUGCCCAAGUAAUUUGGCUUGCAUAAGAGAAAAAUGUAAAGAUCCUUGUCCGGGAAGUUGCGGAUUCAAUGCCAAUUGCAAUGUUUUGAAUCAUAUUCCUAAUUGUGUUUGUUACGAAGGAUAUGAAGGAGAUCCAUUUGUUGGAUGUAAUCCAAGGCCUCCGCAAUUACCUCCUCAACCUGACGAGCCAAUUUGUGAUUGCGGACCAAAUACAAGAUGCGACGAUGGCGUUUGUACAUGUUUGCCCGAAUAUUACGGCGAUCCUCAUCAAGGAUGUAGACCUGAAUGCGUUUUGAAUUCAGAUUGUUCACGAGACAAAGCUUGUAUUCGAAACAAAUGCAAAGAUCCUUGUCCGGGAACGUGCGGAGUUGGAGCAAUUUGUGAUGUUAUUAAUCACGUUCCAAAUUGUCACUGUCCUCCGGGUACAGCAGGAAACGCAUUUAUUGAAUGUCGCCCAUAUCAAGAUCCUGUUGUUAUCACAAAUCCUUGUUCGCCAUCUCCUUGCGGUCCAAACAGUCAAUGCAGAGAAAUCAACGGACAAGCAGUUUGCUCUUGUCUUCCAAAUUAUCUUGGAAGUCCUCCAAAUUGCAGACCUGAAUGCACAAUUAAUGCAGAAUGCCCAUUAGAUAAGGGAUGCGUUAACCAAAAAUGUGUUGAAGUUUGUCGAGGUGUUUGCGGAAUUGGAGCAAAAUGUACUCCUGUUAAUCACAGUCCAAUUUGUACUUGUCCUCCAAGACACACGGGAGAUCCAUUUGUAAGAUGUCAACAAAUAAUUGAGCCUCCGGCUUAUGAUCCUCCUCAAGAUGUUUGCAAUCCAUCGCCUUGCGGGCCUCAUUCACAAUGUCGUGAUAUUAAUGGAAGCCCAUCUUGUUCAUGUUUGCCCGAAUUCAUUGGAUCUCCGCCAAAUUGCAGACCUGAAUGUGUUAGCAAUUCUGAAUGUCCUUUGAACAAAGCAUGUAUUCAACAAAAAUGCAAAGAUCCGUGUCCCGGAUUAUGUGGGCAAAAUGCAAAUUGUCAUGUUGUUAGUCAUACGCCAAAUUGUGUUUGUAUUCCCGGAUAUGAAGGAGAUCCAUUUAGUGUUUGUUCUCCAAUCAAACAAAUUUUAUUCGAACACAUUGAUGUUUGCAAUCCAAGCCCUUGCGGAAGUAAUGCAAUUUGCAGAGAACAAAAUGGUGCAGGUUCAUGCACAUGUCAAGAAGACUAUAUCGGAAAUCCUUACGAAGGUUGUCGUCCCGAAUGCAGUUUGAACUCUGAUUGUCCUUCGCAUUUAGCUUGUAUUAACAACAAAUGUAAAGAUCCUUGUCCCGGAACUUGCCCUCAAUUCGCUACUUGUCAAGUUGUUAACCAUUUGCCGUCAUGCACUUGUCUUCCGGGUUAUUCAGGAGAUCCAUUUAGAUACUGUUCUAUUAUAAGAGACGAACCUGUCACUCCUGAAUACGUAAAUCCUUGUUCUCCAUCCCCUUGCGGUCCAAAUAGUCAAUGUCGCGAAGUAAAUGGUCAAGCAGUAUGUUCUUGCUUGCCCAAUUACAUUGGAAGUCCUCCGGGUUGUCGUCCUGAAUGUACUGUUAGUUCAGAAUGCCCUCUUGACAAAGCGUGUCAAAAUCAGAAAUGUGUUGAUCCUUGUCCCGGAGUUUGUGGGCAAAAUGCUCGUUGUAACGUUCGCAAUCAUUCCCCUAUUUGCAGUUGUAAUUCUGGAUACACAGGAGAUCCAUUCGUUCGUUGUACUAAAAUCCCACCUCCUCCAUCAACGCCUCCAAGAGACGUUCCUAUUUAUCGAGAUCCUUGUGUUCCAAAUCCCUGUGGACCUUAUUCAACGUGUCGAGCAUUUGGAGAUAGUCAUUCUUGUUCUUGUUUACCUACAUAUAUUGGUGCUCCGCCAAAUUGUCGACCUGAAUGUAGAAUUAACUCUGAAUGCCCAAGUAAUUUGGCUUGCAUAAGAGAAAAAUGUAAAGAUCCUUGUCCGGGAAGUUGCGGAUUCAAUGCCAAUUGCAAUGUUUUGAAUCAUAUUCCUAAUUGUGUUUGUUACGAAGGAUAUGAAGGAGAUCCAUUUGUUGGAUGUAAUCCAAGGCCUCCGCAAUUACCUCCUCAACCUGACGAGCCAAUUUGUGAUUGCGGACCAAAUACAAGAUGCGACGAUGGCGUUUGUACAUGUUUGCCCGAAUAUUACGGCGAUCCUCAUCAAGGAUGUAGACCUGAAUGCGUUUUGAAUUCAGAUUGUUCACGAGACAAAGCUUGUAUUCGAAACAAAUGCAAAGAUCCUUGUCCGGGAACGUGCGGAGUUGGAGCAAUUUGUGAUGUUAUUAAUCACGUUCCAAAUUGUCACUGUCCUCCGGGUACAGCAGGAAACGCAUUUAUUGAAUGUCGCCCAUAUCAAGAUCCUGUUGUUAUCACAAAUCCUUGUUCGCCAUCUCCUUGCGGUCCAAACAGUCAAUGCAGAGAAAUCAACGGACAAGCAGUUUGCUCUUGUCUUCCAAAUUAUCUUGGAAGUCCUCCAAAUUGCAGACCUGAAUGCACAAUUAAUGCAGAAUGCCCAUUAGAUAAGGGAUGCGUUAACCAAAAAUGUGUUGAAGUUUGUCGAGGUGUUUGCGGAAUUGGAGCAAAAUGUACUCCUGUUAAUCACAGUCCAAUUUGUACUUGUCCUCCAAGACACACGGGAGAUCCAUUUGUAAGAUGUCAACAAAUAAUUGAGCCUCCGGCUUAUGAUCCUCCUCAAGAUGUUUGCAAUCCAUCGCCUUGCGGGCCUCAUUCACAAUGUCGUGAUAUUAAUGGAAGCCCAUCUUGUUCAUGUUUGCCCGAAUUCAUUGGAUCUCCGCCAAAUUGCAGACCUGAAUGUGUUAGCAAUUCUGAAUGUCCUUUGAACAAAGCAUGUAUUCAACAAAAAUGCAAAGAUCCGUGUCCCGGAUUAUGUGGGCAAAAUGCAAAUUGUCAUGUUGUUAGUCAUACGCCAAAUUGUGUUUGUAUUCCCGGAUAUGAAGGAGAUCCAUUUAGUGUUUGUUCUCCAAUCAAACAAAUUUUAUUCGAACACAUUGAUGUUUGCAAUCCAAGCCCUUGCGGAAGUAAUGCAAUUUGCAGAGAACAAAAUGGUGCAGGUUCAUGCACAUGUCAAGAAGACUAUAUCGGAAAUCCUUACGAAGGUUGUCGUCCCGAAUGCAGUUUGAACUCUGAUUGUCCUUCGCAUUUAGCUUGUAUUAACAACAAAUGUAAAGAUCCUUGUCCCGGAACUUGCCCUCAAUUCGCUACUUGUCAAGUUGUUAACCAUUUGCCGUCAUGCACUUGUCUUCCGGGUUAUUCAGGAGAUCCAUUUAGAUACUGUUCUAUUAUAAGAGACGAACCUGUCACUCCUGAAUACGUAAAUCCUUGUUCUCCAUCCCCUUGCGGUCCAAAUAGUCAAUGUCGCGAAGUAAAUGGUCAAGCAGUAUGUUCUUGCUUGCCCAAUUACAUUGGAAGUCCUCCGGGUUGUCGUCCUGAAUGUACUGUUAGUUCAGAAUGCCCUCUUGACAAAGCGUGUCAAAAUCAGAAAUGUGUUGAUCCUUGUCCCGGAGUUUGUGGGCAAAAUGCUCGUUGUAACGUUCGCAAUCAUUCCCCUAUUUGCAGUUGUAAUUCUGGAUACACAGGAGAUCCAUUCGUUCGUUGUACUAAAAUCCCACGUAAGACAAAUUCUCCUCCAUCAACGCCUCCAAGAGACGUUCCUAUUUAUCGAGAUCCUUGUGUUCCAAAUCCCUGUGGACCUUAUUCAACGUGUCGAGCAUUUGGAGAUAGUCAUUCUUGUUCUUGUUUACCUACAUAUAUUGGUGCUCCGCCAAAUUGUCGACCUGAAUGUAGAAUUAACUCUGAAUGCCCAAGUAAUUUGGCUUGCAUAAGAGAAAAAUGUAAAGAUCCUUGUCCGGGAAGUUGCGGAUUCAAUGCCAAUUGCAAUGUUUUGAAUCAUAUUCCUAAUUGUGUUUGUUACGAAGGAUAUGAAGGAGAUCCAUUUGUUGGAUGUAAUCCAAGGCCUCCGCAAUUACCUCCUCAACCUGACGAGCCAAUUUGUGAUUGCGGACCAAAUACAAGAUGCGACGAUGGCGUUUGUACAUGUUUGCCCGAAUAUUACGGCGAUCCUCAUCAAGGAUGUAGACCUGAAUGCGUUUUGAAUUCAGAUUGUUCACGAGACAAAGCUUGUAUUCGAAACAAAUGCAAAGAUCCUUGUCCGGGAACGUGCGGAGUUGGAGCAAUUUGUGAUGUUAUUAAUCACGUUCCAAAUUGUCACUGUCCUCCGGGUACAGCAGGAAACGCAUUCAUUGAAUGUCGCCCAUAUCAAGAUCCUGUUGUUAUCACAAAUCCUUGUUCGCCAUCUCCUUGCGGUCCAAACAGUCAAUGCAGAGAAAUCAACGGACAAGCAGUUUGCUCUUGUCUUCCAAAUUAUCUUGGAAGUCCUCCAAAUUGCAGACCUGAAUGCACAAUUAAUGCAGAAUGCCCAUUAGAUAAGGGAUGCGUUAACCAAAAAUGUGUUGAAGUUUGUCGAGGUGUUUGCGGAAUUGGAGCAAAAUGUACUCCUGUUAAUCACAGUCCAAUUUGUACUUGUCCUCCAAGACACACGGGAGAUCCAUUUGUAAGAUGUCAACAAAUAAUUGAGCCUCCGGCUUAUGAUCCUCCUCAAGAUGUUUGCAAUCCAUCGCCUUGCGGGCCUCAUUCACAAUGUCGUGAUAUUAAUGGAAGCCCAUCUUGUUCAUGUUUGCCCGAAUUCAUUGGAUCUCCGCCAAAUUGCAGACCUGAAUGUGUUAGCAAUUCUGAAUGUCCUUUGAACAAAGCAUGUAUUCAACAAAAAUGCAAAGAUCCGUGUCCCGGAUUAUGUGGGCAAAAUGCAAAUUGUCAUGUUGUUAGUCAUACGCCAAAUUGUGUUUGUAUUCCCGGAUAUGAAGGAGAUCCAUUUAGUGUUUGUUCUCCAAUCAAACAAAUUUUAUUCGAACACAUUGAUGUUUGCAAUCCAAGCCCUUGCGGAAGUAAUGCAAUUUGCAGAGAACAAAAUGGUGCAGGUUCAUGCACAUGUCAAGAAGACUAUAUCGGAAAUCCUUACGAAGGUUGUCGUCCCGAAUGCAGUUUGAACUCUGAUUGUCCUUCGCAUUUAGCUUGUAUUAACAACAAAUGUAAAGAUCCUUGUCCCGGAACUUGCCCUCAAUUCGCUACUUGUCAAGUUGUUAACCAUUUGCCGUCAUGCACUUGUCUUCCGGGUUAUUCAGGAGAUCCAUUUAGAUACUGUUCUAUUAUAAGAGACGAACCUGUCACUCCUGAAUACGUAAAUCCUUGUUCUCCAUCCCCUUGCGGUCCAAAUAGUCAAUGUCGCGAAGUAAAUGGUCAAGCAGUAUGUUCUUGCUUGCCCAAUUACAUUGGAAGUCCUCCGGGUUGUCGUCCUGAAUGUACUGUUAGUUCAGAAUGCCCUCUUGACAAAGCGUGUCAAAAUCAGAAAUGUGUUGAUCCUUGCCCCGGAGUUUGUGGGCAAAAUGCUCGUUGUAACGUUCGCAAUCAUUCCCCUAUUUGCAGUUGUAAUUCUGGAUACACAGGAGAUCCAUUCGUUCGUUGUACUAAAAUCCCACCUCCUCCAUCAACGCCUCCAAGAGACGUUCCUAUUUAUCGAGAUCCUUGUGUUCCAAAUCCCUGUGGACCUUAUUCAACGUGUCGAGCAUUUGGAGAUAGUCAUUCUUGUUCUUGUUUACCUACAUAUAUUGGUGCUCCGCCAAAUUGUCGACCUGAAUGUAGAAUUAACUCUGAAUGCCCAAGUAAUUUGGCUUGCAUAAGAGAAAAAUGUAAAGAUCCUUGUCCGGGAAGUUGCGGAUUCAAUGCCAAUUGCAAUGUUUUGAAUCAUAUUCCUAAUUGUGUUUGUUACGAAGGAUAUGAAGGAGAUCCAUUUGUUGGAUGUAAUCCAAGGCCUCCGCAAUUACCUCCUCAACCUGACGAGCCAAUUUGUGAUUGCGGACCAAAUACAAGAUGCGACGAUGGCGUUUGUACAUGUUUGCCCGAAUAUUACGGCGAUCCUCAUCAAGGAUGUAGACCUGAAUGCGUUUUGAAUUCAGAUUGUUCACGAGACAAAGCUUGUAUUCGAAACAAAUGCAAAGAUCCUUGUCCGGGAACGUGCGGAGUUGGAGCAAUUUGUGAUGUUAUUAAUCACGUUCCAAAUUGUCACUGUCCUCCGGGUACAGCAGGAAACGCAUUCAUUGAAUGUCGCCCAUAUCAAGAUCCUGUUGUUAUCACAAAUCCUUGUUCGCCAUCUCCUUGCGGUCCAAACAGUCAAUGCAGAGAAAUCAACGGACAAGCAGUUUGCUCCUGUCUUCCAAAUUAUUACGGAAGUCCUCCAAAUUGUAGACCUGAAUGCACAAUUAAUGCAGAAUGCCCAUUAGAUAAGGGAUGCGUUAACCAAAGAUGUGUUGAAGUUUGUCGAGGUGUUUGCGGAAUUGGAGCAAAAUGUACUCCUGUUAAUCACAGUCCUAUUUGUACUUGCCCUCCAAGACACACAGGAGAUCCAUUUGUCAGAUGUCAACCGAUUAUCGAGCCUCCUGUAUAUGAUACUCCUCGCGAUGUUUGUAAUCCAUCGCCUUGCGGGCCUCAUUCACAAUGCCGAGAUAUUAACGGAAGCCCAUCUUGUUCAUGUUUGCCUGAGUUCAUUGGAUCUCCUCCAAAUUGCAAACCUGAAUGUAUUAGCAAUUCAGAAUGUCCUUCGAACAAAGCUUGUAUUCAACAGAAAUGUAAAGAUCCUUGUCCCGGAUUAUGUGGGCAAAAUGCAAAUUGUCAUGUUGUUAGUCAUACGCCAAAUUGUGUUUGUAUUCCCGGAUAUGAAGGAAAUCCAUUUGUUUUAUGUUCACCUAUUAAGUAUGAUGUAAUUGAGCAUAUUGACGUCUGCAAUCCAAGCCCUUGCGGAAGUAAUGCAAUUUGCAGAGAACAAAAUGGCGCAGGUUCAUGCACAUGUCAAGAAGAUUAUAUCGGAAAUCCUUACGAAGGUUGUCGUCCCGAAUGCAGUUUGAACUCUGAUUGUCCUUCGCAUUUAGCUUGUAUUAACAACAAAUGUAAAGAUCCUUGUCCCGGAACUUGCCCUCAAUUCGCUACUUGUCAAGUUGUUAACCAUUUGCCGUCAUGCACUUGUCUUCCGGGUUAUUCAGGAGAUCCAUUUAGAUACUGUUCUAUUAUAAGAGACGAACCUGUCACUCCUGAAUACGUAAAUCCUUGUUCUCCAUCCCCUUGCGGUCCAAACAGUCAAUGUCGCGAAGUAAAUGGUCAAGCAGUAUGUUCUUGCUUGCCCAAUUACAUUGGAAGUCCUCCGGGUUGUCGUCCUGAAUGUACUGUUAGUUCAGAAUGCCCUCUUGACAAAGCGUGUCAAAAUCAGAAAUGUGUUGAUCCUUGCCCCGGAGUUUGUGGGCAAAAUGCUCGUUGUAACGUUCGCAAUCAUUCCCCUAUUUGCAGUUGUAAUUCUGGAUACACAGGAGAUCCAUUCGUUCGUUGUACCAUAAUCCCACCUCCUCCAUCAACGCCUCCAAGAGACGUUCCUAUUUAUCGAGAUCCUUGUGUUCCAAAUCCCUGUGGACCUUAUUCAACGUGUCGAGCAUUUGGAGAUAGUCAUUCUUGUUCUUGUUUACCUACAUAUAUUGGUGCUCCGCCAAAUUGUCGACCUGAAUGUAGAAUUAACUCUGAAUGCCCAAGUAAUUUGGCUUGCAUAAGAGAAAAAUGUAAAGAUCCUUGUCCGGGAAGUUGCGGAUUCAAUGCCAAUUGCAAUGUUUUGAAUCAUAUUCCUAAUUGUGUUUGUUACGAAGGAUAUGAAGGAGAUCCAUUUGUUGGAUGUAAUCCAAGGCCUCCGCAAUUACCUCCUCAACCUGACGAGCCAAUUUGUGAUUGCGGACCAAAUACAAGAUGCGACGAUGGCGUUUGUACAUGUUUGCCCGAAUAUUACGGCGAUCCUCAUCAAGGAUGUAGACCUGAAUGCGUUUUGAAUUCAGAUUGUUCACGAGACAAAGCUUGUAUUCGAAACAAAUGCAAAGAUCCUUGUCCGGGAACGUGCGGAGUUGGAGCAAUUUGUGAUGUUAUUAAUCACGUUCCAAAUUGUCACUGUCCUCCGGGUACAACAGGAAAUGCAUUCAUUGAAUGUCGCCCAUAUCAAGAUCCUGUUGUUAUCACAAAUCCUUGUUCGCCAUCUCCUUGCGGUCCAAACAGUCAAUGCAGAGAAAUCAACGGACAAGCAGUUUGCUCCUGUCUUCCAAAUUAUUACGGAAGUCCUCCAAAUUGUAGACCUGAAUGCACAAUUAAUGCAGAAUGCCCAUUAGAUAAGGGAUGCGUUAACCAAAGAUGUGUUGAAGUUUGUCGAGGUGUUUGCGGAAUUGGAGCAAAAUGUACUCCUGUUAAUCACAGUCCUAUUUGUACUUGCCCUCCAAGACACACAGGAGAUCCAUUUGUCAGAUGUCAACCGAUUAUCGAGCCUCCUGUAUAUGAUACUCCUCGCGAUGUUUGUAAUCCAUCGCCUUGCGGGCCUCAUUCACAAUGCCGAGAUAUUAACGGAAGCCCAUCUUGUUCAUGUUUGCCUGAGUUCAUUGGAUCUCCUCCAAAUUGCAAACCUGAAUGCAUCAGCAACUCAGAAUGUCCUUCGAACAAAGCUUGUAUUCAACAGAAAUGUAAAGAUCCUUGUCCCGGAUUAUGUGGGCAAAAUGCAAAUUGUCAUGUUGUUAGUCACACGCCAAAUUGUGUUUGUAUUCCCGGAUAUGAAGGAAAUCCAUUUGAUUUCUGUUCACCUGUCAAGCAUGAUAUUAUUGAACGCAUUGAUGUUUGUAAUCCAAGCCCUUGCGGAAGCAAUGCAAUUUGCAGAGAACAAAAUGGCGUUGGAGCUUGUGUCUGUAUUGACGAUUACCUCGGAAAUCCUUAUGAAGGCUGUCGACCUGAAUGCACAAUUAAUUCUGAUUGUCCUUCACAUUUAGCUUGCAUUAGUAACAAAUGCAAAGAUCCUUGCCCCGGAACGUGCGGAACAAAUGCUAUUUGUCAAGUUGUCAAUCAUUUGCCUUCAUGCACGUGUAUUACAGGAUAUACAGGAGAUCCAUUCAGAUUUUGUUCUAUUAUUAGAGACGAACCUGUUACUCCAGAAUAUGUUAAUCCAUGUUCUCCAUCUCCUUGCGGUCCAAAUAGUCAAUGUCGCGAAGUAAAUGGUCAAGCAGUAUGUUCUUGCUUACCGAAUUACAUUGGAAGUCCUCCGGGUUGUCGUCCUGAAUGUACUGUUAGCUCAGAAUGCCCAUUAGAGCUUGCUUGUGUCAAUCAGAAAUGCGUUGAUCCUUGCCCCGGCGUUUGUGGGCAAAAUGCUCGUUGCAACGUUCGUAAUCAUAGCCCAAUUUGUAUUUGUGAAAAUGGAUUUACAGGAGAUCCAUUCACUAGAUGUUAUCCUAUUCCAAGUAAAAAUGAUGUUAAAGUAAUUUUGAACAUACAGUUUAUAAUUUAUUUUUUAGCUCCUCCGCCUCCUCGAGAUGAACCAGUUUACAGAAAUCCUUGCGUUCCAAAUCCUUGUGGUCCUCAUUCUACUUGCAGAGUAAUUGGCGAUAGCUAUACAUGUUCUUGUCUACCAAACUACUUUGGAACACCUCCGAAUUGUCGUCCUGAAUGUACAAUAAAUGCAGAAUGUUCAAGUAAUUUGGCUUGUAUAAGAGAAAAAUGUAAAGAUCCUUGUCCGGGAAGUUGCGGAUUCAAUGCCAAUUGCAAUGUUUUGAAUCAUAUUCCUAAUUGUGUUUGUUACGAAGGAUAUGAAGGAGAUCCAUUUGUUGGAUGUAAUCCAAGGCCUCCGCCAUUACCUCCUCAACCUGACGAGCCAAUUUGUGAUUGCGGACCAAAUACAAGAUGCGACGAUGGCGUUUGUACAUGUUUGCCCGAAUAUUACGGCGAUCCUCAUCAAGGAUGUAGACCUGAAUGCGUUUUGAAUUCAGAUUGUUCACGAGACAAAGCUUGUAUUCGAAACAAAUGCAAAGAUCCUUGUCCGGGAACGUGCGGAGUUGGAGCAAUUUGUGAUGUUAUUAAUCACGUUCCAAAUUGUCACUGUCCUCCGGGUACAGCAGGAAACGCAUUUAUUGAAUGUCGCCCAUAUCAAGAUCCUGUUGUUAUCACAAAUCCUUGUUCGCCAUCUCCUUGCGGUCCAAACAGUCAAUGUAGAGAAAUCAACGGACAAGCAGUUUGCUCUUGUCUUCCAAAUUAUUACGGAAGUCCUCCAAAUUGUAGACCUGAAUGCACAAUUAAUGCAGAAUGCCCAUUAGAUAAGGGAUGCGUUAACCAAAGAUGUGUUGAAGUUUGUCGAGGUGUUUGCGGAAUUGGAGCAAAAUGUACUCCUGUUAAUCACAGUCCUAUUUGUACUUGCCCUCCAAGACACACAGGAGAUCCAUUUGUCAGAUGUCAACCGAUUAUCGAACCUCCUGUAUAUGAUACUCCUCGCGAUGUUUGUAAUCCAUCGCCUUGCGGGCCUCAUUCACAAUGCCGAGAUGUUAACGGAAGCCCAUCGUGUUCAUGUUUGCCUGAGUUCAUUGGAUCUCCUCCAAAUUGCAAACCUGAAUGUAUCAGCAACUCAGAAUGUCCUUCGAACAAAGCUUGUAUUCAACAGAAAUGUAAAGAUCCUUGUCCCGGAUUGUGUGGGCAAAAUGCAAAUUGUCAUGUUGUUAGUCACACGCCAAAUUGUGUUUGUAUUCCCGGAUAUGAAGGAAAUCCAUUUGAUUUCUGUUCACCUGUCAAGCAUGAUAUUAUUGAACGCAUUGAUGUUUGUAAUCCAAGCCCUUGCGGAAGCAAUGCAAUUUGCCGAGAACAAAAUGGCGUUGGAGCUUGUGUCUGUAUUGACGAUUACCUCGGAAAUCCUUAUGAAGGCUGUCGACCUGAAUGUACAAUUAAUUCUGAUUGUCCUUCACAUUUAGCUUGCAUUAGUAACAAAUGCAAAGAUCCUUGCCCCGGAACAUGCGGAACAAAUGCUAUUUGUCAAGUUGUCAAUCAUUUGCCUUCAUGCACCUGUAUUUCAGGUUAUACAGGAGAUCCAUUCCGAUAUUGUUCAAUCAUUAGAGAAGAUCCUCCUAUUCCCGAAAAAAGAAAUCCUUGUCAUCCUUCUCCUUGUGGACCAAAUAGUCAAUGUAAAGAAGUAAACGAUCAGGCUAUUUGCUCAUGUUUGCCAAACUACAUUGGAAGUCCUCCGGGUUGUCGUCCUGAAUGUACUGUUAGUUCAGAAUGCCCUCUUGACAAAGCUUGUGUCAAUCAGAAAUGCGUUGAUCCUUGCCCCGGCGUUUGUGGGCAAAAUGCUCGUUGCAACGUUCGUAAUCAUUCUCCUAUUUGCAGUUGUAAUUCUGGAUACACAGGAGAUCCAUUUAUUCGUUGUACUAAAAUCCCACCUCCUCCGUCAACGCCUCCAAGAGACGUUCCUAUUUAUCGAGAUCCUUGUGUUCCAAAUCCCUGUGGACCUUAUUCAACGUGUCGAGCAUUUGGAGAUAGUCAUUCUUGUUCUUGUUUACCUACAUAUAUUGGUGCUCCGCCAAAUUGUCGACCUGAAUGUAGAAUUAACUCUGAAUGCCCAAGUAAUUUGGCUUGUAUAAGAGAAAAAUGUAAAGAUCCUUGUCCGGGAAGUUGCGGAUUCAAUGCCAAUUGCAAUGUUUUGAAUCAUAUUCCUAAUUGUGUUUGUUACGAAGGAUAUGAAGGAGAUCCAUUUGUUGGAUGUAAUCCAAGGCCUCCGCAAUUACCUCCUCAACCUGACGAGCCAAUUUGUGAUUGCGGACCAAAUACAAGAUGCGACGAUGGCGUUUGUACAUGUUUGCCCGAAUAUUACGGCGAUCCUCAUCAAGGAUGUAGACCUGAAUGCGUUUUGAAUUCAGAUUGUUCACGAGACAAAGCUUGUAUUCGAAACAAAUGCAAAGAUCCUUGUCCGGGAACAUGCGGAGUUGGAGCAAUUUGUGAUGUUAUUAAUCACGUUCCAAAUUGUCACUGUCCUCCGGGUACAACAGGAAAUGCAUUCAUUGAAUGUCGCCCAUAUCAAGAUCCUGUUGUUAUCACAAAUCCUUGUUCGCCAUCUCCUUGCGGUCCAAACAGUCAAUGUAGAGAAAUCAACGGACAAGCAGUUUGCUCCUGUCUUCCAAAUUAUUACGGAAGUCCUCCAAAUUGUAGACCUGAAUGCACAAUUAAUGCAGAAUGCCCAUUAGAUAAGGGAUGCGUUAACCAAAGAUGUGUUGAAGUUUGUCGAGGUGUUUGCGGAAUUGGAGCAAAAUGUACUCCUGUUAAUCACAGUCCUAUUUGUACUUGCCCUCCAAGACACACAGGAGAUCCAUUUGUCAGAUGUCAACCGAUUAUCGAACCUCCUGUAUAUGAUACUCCUCGCGAUGUUUGUAAUCCAUCGCCUUGCGGGCCUCAUUCACAAUGCCGAGAUGUUAACGGAAGCCCAUCGUGUUCAUGUUUGCCUGAGUUCAUUGGAUCUCCUCCAAAUUGCAAACCUGAAUGUAUCAGCAACUCAGAAUGUCCUUCGAACAAAGCUUGUAUUCAACAGAAAUGUAAAGAUCCUUGUCCCGGAUUGUGUGGGCAAAAUGCAAAUUGUCAUGUUGUUAGUCACACGCCAAAUUGUGUUUGUAUUCCCGGAUAUGAAGGAAAUCCAUUUGAUUUCUGUUCACCUGUCAAGCAUGAUAUUAUUGAACGCAUUGAUGUUUGUAAUCCAAGCCCUUGCGGAAGCAAUGCAAUUUGCCGAGAACAAAAUGGCGUUGGAGCUUGUGUCUGUAUUGACGAUUACCUCGGAAAUCCUUAUGAAGGCUGUCGACCUGAAUGUACAAUUAAUUCUGAUUGUCCUUCACAUUUAGCUUGCAUUAGUAACAAAUGCAAAGAUCCUUGCCCCGGAACAUGCGGAACAAAUGCUAUUUGUCAAGUUGUCAAUCAUUUGCCUUCAUGCACCUGUAUUUCAGGUUAUACAGGAGAUCCAUUCCGAUAUUGUUCAAUCAUUAGAGAAGAUCCUCCUAUUCCCGAAAAAAGAAAUCCUUGUCAUCCUUCUCCUUGUGGACCAAAUAGUCAAUGUAAAGAAGUAAACGAUCAGGCUAUUUGCUCAUGUUUGCCAAACUACAUUGGAAGUCCUCCAGGUUGUCGUCCUGAAUGUACUGUUAGCUCAGAAUGCCCUCUUGACAAAGCUUGUGUCAAUCAGAAAUGCGUUGAUCCUUGCCCCGGCGUUUGUGGGCAAAAUGCUCGUUGCAACGUUCGUAAUCAUAGCCCAAUUUGUGUUUGUGAAAAUGGAUUUACAGGAGAUCCAUUCACAAGAUGUUAUCCUAUUCCAACUCCUCCGCCUCCUCGAGAUGAACCAGUUUACAGAAAUCCUUGCGUUCCAAAUCCUUGUGGUCCUCAUUCUACUUGCAGAGUAAUUGGCGAUAGCUAUACAUGUUCUUGUCUACCAAACUACUUUGGAACACCUCCGAAUUGUCGUCCUGAAUGUACAAUAAAUGCAGAAUGUUCAAGUAAUUUGGCUUGUAUAAGAGAAAAAUGUAAAGAUCCUUGUCCGGGAAGUUGCGGAUUCAAUGCCAAUUGCAAUGUUUUGAAUCAUAUUCCUAAUUGUGUUUGUUACGAAGGAUAUGAAGGAGAUCCAUUUGUUGGAUGUAAUCCAAGGCCUCCGCCAUUACCUCCUCAACCUGACGAGCCAAUUUGUGAUUGCGGACCAAAUACAAGAUGCGACGAUGGCGUUUGUACAUGUUUGCCCGAAUAUUACGGCGAUCCUCAUCAAGGAUGUAGACCUGAAUGCGUUUUGAAUUCAGAUUGUUCACGAGACAAAGCUUGUAUUCGAAACAAAUGCAAAGAUCCUUGUCCGGGAACGUGCGGAGUUGGAGCAAUUUGUGAUGUUAUUAAUCACGUUCCAAAUUGUCAUUGUCCUCCGGGUACAGCAGGAAACGCAUUCAUUGAAUGUCGCCCAUAUCAAGAUACUGUUGUUAUCACAAAUCCUUGUUCGCCAUCUCCUUGCGGUCCAAACAGUCAAUGCAGAGAAAUCAACGGACAAGCAGUUUGCUCCUGUCUUCCAAAUUAUUACGGAAGUCCUCCAAAUUGUAGACCUGAAUGCACAAUUAAUGCAGAAUGCCCAUUAGAUAAGGGAUGCGUUAACCAAAGAUGUGUUGAAGUUUGUCGAGGUGUUUGCGGAAUUGGAGCAAAAUGUACUCCUGUUAAUCACAGUCCUAUUUGUACUUGCCCUCCAAGACACACAGGAGAUCCAUUUGUCAGAUGUCAACCGAUUAUCGAGCCUCCUGUAUAUGAUACUCCUCGCGAUGUUUGUAAUCCAUCGCCUUGCGGGCCUCAUUCACAAUGCCGAGAUGUUAACGGAAGCCCAUCGUGUUCAUGUUUGCCUGAGUUCAUUGGAUCUCCUCCAAAUUGCAAACCUGAAUGUAUCAGCAACUCAGAAUGUCCUUCGAACAAAGCUUGUAUUCAACAGAAAUGUAAAGAUCCUUGUCCCGGAUUGUGUGGGCAAAAUGCAAAUUGUCAUGUUGUUAGUCACACGCCAAAUUGUGUUUGUAUUCCCGGAUAUGAAGGAAAUCCAUUUGAUUUCUGUUCACCUGUCAAGCAUGAUAUUAUUGAACGCAUUGAUGUUUGUAAUCCAAGCCCUUGCGGAAGCAAUGCAAUUUGCAGAGAACAAAAUGGCGUUGGAGCUUGUGUCUGUAUUGAUGAUUACCUCGGAAAUCCUUAUGAAGGCUGUCGACCUGAAUGUACAAUUAAUUCUGAUUGUCCUUCACAUUUAGCUUGCAUUAGUAACAAAUGCAAAGAUCCUUGCCCCGGAACAUGCGGAACAAAUGCUAUUUGUCAAGUUGUCAAUCAUUUGCCUUCAUGCACCUGUAUUUCAGGUUAUACAGGAGAUCCAUUCCGAUAUUGUUCAAUCAUUAGAGAAGAUCCUCCUAUUCCCGAAAAACGAAAUCCUUGUCAUCCUUCUCCUUGUGGACCAAAUAGUCAAUGUAAAGAAGUAAACGAUCAGGCUAUUUGCUCAUGUUUGCCGAACUACAUUGGAAGUCCUCCAGGUUGUCGUCCUGAAUGUACUGUUAGCUCAGAAUGCCCUCUUGACAAAGCUUGUGUCAAUCAGAAAUGCGUUGAUCCUUGCCCCGGCGUUUGUGGGCAAAAUGCUCGUUGUAACGUCAUUAAUCACAGUCCUAUUUGUUCAUGUGAAAAUGGUUUUACGGGAGAUCCAUUCAGACUAUGUUAUCCAAUACCACCGCCUCCUACACCGCCAAAAGAUAUUCCUGUUUAUAAAAAUCCAUGCAUUCCAAAUCCUUGUGGUCCAUACUCAACUUGCAAAUCAUACGGAGAAAAUCAUGUUUGCUCUUGCUUACCAAACUAUUAUGGGUCUCCGCCAAAUUGCCAUCCAGAAUGUACAAUAAACUCUGAUUGCUCAAGCAACUUAGCUUGUAUCAAUGAGAAAUGUAGAGAUCCUUGUCCCGGAAGUUGUGGAUUAAAUGCAAACUGUAAUGUGUACAAUCAUAUUCCAAAUUGCGUUUGUUAUGAAGGUUAUCAAGGAGAUCCAUUCAGAAGAUGUGAUCCAAAGCCUCCGCAAUUACCUCCUCAACGAGAAGAACCAAUUUGUGAUUGCGGACCAAAUACAAGAUGCGACGAUGGCGUUUGUACAUGUUUGCCCGAAUAUUACGGCGAUCCUCAUCAAGGAUGUAGACCUGAAUGCGUUUUGAAUUCAGAUUGUUCACGAGACAAAGCUUGUAUUCGAAACAAAUGCAAAGAUCCUUGUCCGGGAACAUGCGGAAGUCAAGCAAUUUGUACGGUUUCCAAUCACGUUCCUAUUUGCACUUGCCCUGUUGGAAUGACAGGAAAUCCAUUUAUUGCUUGUACACCAUAUCAAGAGCCUGUUGUAUACAAAAAUCCAUGUCAACCAUCGCCUUGCGGUCCUCAUUCACAAUGCCGCGAAUCAAAUAAUCAAGCGAUUUGCAGUUGUUUGCCUGGAUACAUUGGAAGUCCUCCGGGUUGUCGACCUGAAUGUGUCGUGAGUGCUGAAUGUGAACUCACAAAGGCUUGUAUCAAUCAGAAAUGCAAAGAUCCUUGUCCCGGAACGUGUGGUUAUAACGCAAGAUGUAACGUGAUCAACCACAGUCCUAUUUGCACUUGUCCUCCUCGAUACACAGGCGAUCCAUUCAUUCAAUGUCGCAUCAUUGAAACUCCUCCUCCAUUACCAAAGCCGCAAGAUCCUCCUAUAGAUCCUUGCUAUCCUUCUCCAUGUGGUUUCAAUGCUCGAUGCGAUAACGAAAAUGGAAAAGCAAAAUGUUCGUGUUUGCCUGAUUACUUUGGUCAACCGCCAAACUGUCGUCCUGAAUGUCGCACGAACUCCGAAUGUGACACUUCUCUCGCCUGCAUAAAUCAAAAGUGCAAAGAUCCAUGUCCCGGAAGUUGCGGAUCUCUUGCGAGAUGUCACGUAAUUAAUCAUGUUCCUAUUUGCACUUGCCCAGCUGAUUAUACGGGCGAUCCAUUUACUCGAUGUUACAGACAACCACCUCCUCCGCCAGAAGCUCCAAAAGAUCCUUGUUAUCCAUCGCCUUGCGGAACAAAUGCAAAUUGCCGUGUUCGAAAUAACGUUGCUGUUUGCGAAUGUAUUCAAGAAUUCCAUGGAGAUCCGUAUGUUGGAUGUCGUCCCGAAUGCGUAUUGAACAGCGAUUGUUCACGAAAUCUCGCUUGUAUGAACCAAAAAUGUCGAGAUCCAUGUCCCGGAGUUUGCGGAACAGGAGCCGAAUGUACUGUAACGAAUCACAUUCCUGUUUGUACUUGUCCUCCAGGUCUCACGGGAAAUCCAUUCCAAUCAUGCAUUUACUUUGUGCAACGUGAAGAGCCUAUUGAGCGUGAUCCAUGCAAUCCAUCGCCAUGCGGAAGAAGUGCGACGUGUCGCGUACGCAAUGGAAACGCUGAUUGCGAAUGUCUCCCAGGCACAUAUGGAAAUCCAUUUACGGGAUGCAAACCAGAAUGUACAAUCAAUUCGGAUUGUUCACGUGAUAAGGCUUGCGUUAACACGAAAUGUAUUGAUCCAUGUCCCGGCGUAUGCGGAUAUGAAGCAAUUUGUAAUGUUGUCAAUCACAGUCCAAUUUGCUCAUGUCCUCGCGAUAUGAUUGGCGAUCCAUUUACGGAAUGUAAACGCCCGCCAAAAGAGCCCGUGGAUCCAUGUUAUCCAAAUCCGUGCAGAGUUAAUGGUGUUUGUCGCGUCGUUAAUGGCGUCGCAUCAUGUACUUACCCUGAAUGUGUCGUAAACGAUGAUUGCGGAAGCACGAGAAAUUGCAUAAACCAACAUUGUGUCGAUCCAUGUAUCGGAGCUUGCGGAAUUAAUGCCGUGUGUAAUGUCGUAAAUCAUCAACCACGUUGCACAUGUCCUCCUGGUUUCGUCGGAUCUCCAUAUGAACGAUGCGUUGUGAGAGACGAACCUCCUCCGCCGCCAAGACCUGAAUGUGUUAGUGACGAUGAAUGUACGAACGACAAAGCUUGCAUCAACCAAAAAUGCUUGAAUCCUUGUCUUUAUGAAAACGGUUUGUGCGGCGCUAAUGCAGAAUGUCGCGUACAGAAACACAGACCAAUUUGUGUUUGCCGUGACGGAUUCACAGGAAAUGGAAGAUCAGGAUGUUUCGAAAUUGGAUGUCGAUCUGAUUCAGAAUGUCCUCCGCGUGAAGCUUGCAUCAACCGUGAAUGCGUCGACGUUUGUCGCACAACGCAAUGCGGUAUCAAUGCCAUCUGUCGUUCGGAAUAUAAUCAUCGUGCAACAUGCGAAUGUCUUCCGGGCUAUCGAGGAAAUCCACACAUUGAAUGUGUUCGUCCCGAAUGUACGUCAGAUCAGGAAUGCGCUUAUCACUUGGCUUGUCAAAACGAAAAAUGCCGAGAUCCAUGCAAUUGUGGCGAAGGAGCAUUGUGUCGUGUCGAUAAUCAUCGUCCUUCAUGCAAAUGCCCGCCCGGAUAUUCGGGAGAUCCACACGUUCGAUGCUCGAUCAUUCAACGAGAGCCCGAAUGUCGCAUGGAUGGCGAUUGCCCGAGCAAAUUGGCUUGUUUCAGCGGCGUUUGUAAGAAUCCUUGCUACGAAACGAAACCAUGCGCUGCUAAUGCAGUAUGCGAUGUUGUCGAUACGUUACCUUUGAGAACGAUGGUUUGCACAUGCAAUCCAGGUUAUGUAGGCGAUGCUGAAAAAGAAUGUAGAUUAGCCCCGCAAAAGGAUCCUGGAUGCUCAAGCGAUUCCGAAUGUCAAUUAACGGAAACGUGUCGCAAUCGUGUUUGUGUCAAUCCAUGCAUCGAAGGAAAUCCAUGCGCUCGUACAGCCGAAUGUCUCGCCCAAAAUCACAGAGCUCAAUGUACGUGCCCGCCUGGAUUGGUUGGAGAUCCAUUUAGAAAUUGCUAUAAGGAGCCCGUAAUAUCGCCCGAAUGCACUGUCGACUCUGAAUGCUCCGCAGAUAAGGCUUGUAUCAACAGAAAAUGCCUCAAUCCAUGCGCCGAAAAUAAUCCUUGUGCUGGAAAUGCGGAAUGUCGUGUUUCGUUGCAUCGCCCAUUGUGCUUCUGUCCUCACGGAUGGGGAGGCGAUCCAAAGAUUCAGUGUUAUAAACCUGAAUGUACUUCGGAUCACGAAUGCCCAUACGACAAAGCCUGUUUCAACCAAAAAUGCCUCAGCCCAUGCUUAUACGGAAAUCCUGGAUGUGGUCAAGCUGCUGAGUGUCACGAUCAAAAUCAUCGUGCUGUUUGCUCUUGUCCUCCGGGAACUCAAGGAAAUCCCUUCGUGUCUUGCAUCCGCGGCGUUUGUCAAUACAACGAAGAUUGCGCUGAUCACGAAGCCUGCGAUCGUCUAAAUCGCGUUUGCAAGCCUGUUUGUGAACAAGACACGUGUGCCCGAAAUGCUCACUGCACAGGAAGAAAACAUCAACCCGUAUGCGAAUGUUACGUUGGCUUAACAGGAAAUCCUUACAUCGAAUGUGUGCAACGCGACGAACCUCGUCCCGAAUGUACAACAGAUUCGGAUUGUCCUUCACGUCAUGCUUGCAUCAACGAACGUUGUCAAGAUCCUUGCGCCAAAUCCGACGUUUGUAAUCCGGAUCAAACGUGUUUCGUACUUGACACAUAUCCAUUACGUACGGUGACCUGUAAAUGCCCUCGCGAUAUGAUAACUGACAGUAGAGGGCGUUGCGUACCAAUUCUCGUGGAUAAACCCGAGUGCGAACGAGACACUGACUGUCCGGAUAGCGAUAAAUGCGUGCGUGGAAGUUGUUUGUUGGCAUGUAGCGUCGACAAAUGCGGCAUUAAUGCACAAUGUUUGUCCUAUAAUCAUCGUGCCAACUGCAAAUGUGCCCCCGAAUACGACGGAGAUCCACGAAUCGAGUGUAGUUUCAUCGCUCGUAUUCCCGCAGAACGUAAACCCGAAUGCGAACGUGACUCCGAUUGUCGUUUGGAUCAAAAAUGCGACGAUGAGCGAUGCGUUAAUCCUUGUCGUAUCACAGAUGCUUGCGGCAGAGGAGCAAAUUGCUUCCCACAAAACCAUCAAGCAGUUUGCGCUUGUCUUCCAGGACAUAGCGGAAACCCGAAAAUCGCAUGUUAUCCUCCGAUCGAGACAAAUAAACAAUGUACCUCGAACUCUGAAUGCGUUUCGACGGAAGCUUGUAUCAACUUGUAUUGCGUAAAUCCAUGCAAUUGUGGUCCAAAUGCGGAUUGCGUCGUGAAAAAUCAUUAUCCGAUUUGCACAUGUAAACCCGGAUACACAGGAAAUGCCCUUUCGGAUUGCGUUAAACUCGAAUGUACUUCCGACGACGAAUGCGCCGACGAUAAACAAUGUUCAAGCAACAAAUGUGUCAAAACGUGCAUCGUUAACGAUCCUUGUCCCAUCACGGCGGAAUGUUUCGGACAAAAUCAUCGCUCGUCGUGUCGUUGUCCUCCGGGAUUAGAAGGAAAUCCCUUCACCCGAUGCGAACGUGUUGAAUGCCAUUCGGAUUAUGAAUGCCCAAGUAACCGUGCCUGCAUCGAUAAUCAUUGCUUAUCGCCUUGUACGGAUGUACCGAACCCGCCAUGCGCUCGUAACGCCAUCUGUCACGUACAAAACCACGCCGCUUAUUGUCAUUGUCCCGAACAUUUGCCACUCGGAAAUGCCUUGUCAUAUUGCGAAGCUCGUCCUCCGCCCAAAGAAAAGGAUGAAUGUCAAUUUGACGUCGAUUGUCCCUCGAAAUUGGCUUGUAUUCAAAACAAAUGUGUCGAACCAUGUACGAGAAUCGCUCCUUGCUCGGCAUCAGCGAAGUGCAGUGUUGUUGAUAGCAUUCCUGUUCGUACCAUGGUAUGCGAAUGUCCUGAAUUACAAGUUCCUGAUCGCAACGGCGAAUGUCGACAAGUUCAAUUAGACAUUCAACCUGGAUGUACAUCGGAUUCAGAAUGUUCAGAAAAGGAAUCUUGCAUCAAUAGACAAUGUCGAAACCCUUGCAAUUGCGGUCCUCAUGCAACUUGCGUGAUUCAAAAUCAUCGCGCGACAUGUUCCUGCGACGCUGGUUACGAAGGAAAUCCAAAUAUUGGAUGUCGAGCCGUUGGAUGUCGCACUGAUUCAGAAUGUGACUCGGGCAAGGCUUGUGUCAACGGAAAUUGCGUGAAUCCUUGUUUAAUUGACGAUCCAUGCGGAAAGAAUGCCGAAUGUUAUGUCUAUAGAAAUCGCGCGGAAUGUCGUUGUUUGAGCGGAUACCGAGGAAAUCCAUUGGUAGCAUGUCACGUAAUUGGAUGUCGUUCGAACAACGAUUGCCCAUCGGAUAAACAAUGUCAUAACACGCAAUGUGUCAAUCCUUGCUUGUAUGACAAUCCAUGUUCGCCACGUGCGGAAUGUAUUCCUCAAAAUCACGUCGCACAAUGUAAAUGUCCGCCAGGUUAUAUCGGAAAUCCUUUCAUUGAUUGUCGUCGUGAACCUGUGCCCGAAUGUCGCGUUGACACAGAUUGUCCGUCGCGUUUGGCUUGUAUUCAAAACAAAUGUCAAGAUCCUUGUGCGGUAUUCGAACCUUGCAAUCAACCGGCACGAUGUGAAGUUGUACCAUCAGUUCCUGUUCGUACCAUGAUCUGUAUUUGCCCCGAAGGUUAUGUCAGCAGUGGUCCCGCUUCGUGUAAACCAACUGAACCAAUUCGUCCCGUGGGAUGUAUCGCCGAUACAGAUUGCCCCGUGGAUCGUUCAUGCAUCAAUAGUUUGUGUCGCGAUCCUUGCAAUUGUGGCGUUAACGCAGAAUGUCGAAUUAAGGAUCACAAACCGGUCUGUAGUUGUGUUCAAGGUUACGAAGGCAAUCCCGAAAUUGAAUGUGCUCGAAUUGGAUGUCGCGAUGAUUCGGAAUGUUCGACGACGCAUCAAUGUAUUAAUCGUCAAUGUGUUCCCGCAUGCGCUUCAGAUGGCUCAAGUUGCGGACAUAAUGCUGAAUGUUACGGAAUUAAUCAUGCAGCACGUUGUGAAUGCCCGCCAGGUACACAAGGCGAUGCAAGAGUCGCUUGUGUUCAUCUCGAAUGCGUUCGUGACGAUGAUUGUCCCUUAGAUAAGGCUUGUAUCAACACAAAAUGCGAAAAUCCAUGCGUUAAAACGGCAGUUUGUGCUCGCGAUGAAAUUUGUCGCGUUUAUCAUCACAAACCAGAAUGCUCUUGUCCCCCAACUCUCGUUUAUAACGACUUGAACCAAUGUGUCGUACUUGAUGAACGUUGCCAUAGCGAUGCGGAAUGCCCUUCACAAACCGCUUGUAUCGGCGGCGAAUGUGUCAACCCUUGUAACGCAACACAACCCUGCGGCGUGAACACAAUUUGUCGCGUAAUUGACAGUGUUCCUGUUCGUACGAUGGUUUGCGAGUGUCUCCCCGGAUAUCAGGGCAACGCAGCUGUUCAGUGUGACAAAAUGAAGCCUUGCGCCAUCGAUAAGGGUUACAUCAUCGAUCGUUUCGGCAAUUGUGUAUGUCCUCCGGGCUCAGCAUUGAGCGUAAAUGACGAUUGUAUCCCAUGCAGAGAAGAACUCGGAUACAAAGUUGAUGAAACAGGACAUUGCGUAUGCGCCUUGGAACGAGGUUUGAUCUUAGAUGAUCGCGGAAGAUGCAUUUGCCCCAUCGAACAUGGAUAUCGCUUGACUUCUGAUGGCAGAUGUAUCAAAGAAGAGCCCGAAUGUCGCUUCGACAGCGAUUGUGCUGAUUAUCAUCAUUGCGAUAAUGGAGUUUGUGUCGAUCCAUGUCUCCAAAAGACUUGCGGCAUCAAUGCUUUGUGUAACGCCACGAAUCAUCAAGCGGUUUGCGUUUGUAUCUCCGGCUAUAAUGGCAACCCUGAAGUAUUGUGUAACCAUACAAACUUCCGUACAGAUUUCCCGCGUCCCGAUAUGAUCGUUAGUUGUCUCGCAGAUGGCGUUCAAGUCGAAAUUCAUCUGACAGACAGCAGUUUCAAUGGCGUUUUGUACGUCAAGGGACACAGUAAAGACGAGGAAUGUCGUCGUGUGAUCGAUUUAUCGCGCGAAACAACGCCUCGAACGGAAAUCUUCAAAGUUCAUUUCGGAAGUUGCGGAUUGCAUCACGUCAAUGGCAUCGCAAGCUUCGUUUUGGUCAUUCAAAAGCAUCCGAAACUCGUGACAUACAAAGCUCAAGCUUAUCACAUCAAGUGUGUCUAUCAAACGGGCGAACAGAACGUCACUUUAGGCUUUAACGUUCAAAUGUUGACCACAGCAGGAACAAUUGCCAAUACAGGACCUCCUCCGACAUGCACAAUGCGAAUUACCACGAAUAACGGACAAGAAAUCAACCAAGCUGAGAUCGGAGAUAAUCUAAUGUUACAAGUUGAAGUUCAACCAGCCACGAUUUAUGGAGGUUUCGCACGAAGUUGUAUCGCGAAAACCAUGGAAGAUCAAGUCGAAAACGAAUAUCUCGUUACGGACGAGAAUGGAUGUGCUACAGAUCCUUCUAUUUUCGGCGAAUGGGAAUAUCGGCAAGAAACCAACACCCUAAUGGCGAGUUUCAAUGCCUUCAAGUUCCCGUCGAGCGAUAAUAUUCGCUUCCAAUGUAACAUUCGUGUGUGCUUCGGUAAAUGUCAACCGGUGAAUUGUCGCGGUUAUAACGCUUUCGGACGUCGUCGUCGUGCAAUCACGGACGAAAAUGAGAAUAAAACACGCGAAACUUCAACCGCUCUCUCGGGAGAUCUUUUGAGCAUGGAAGGAUUGUUGCGCGAAGAGAUCACAAUUUCCUCAAAUGCCAUUUUAACGUUCGAGAAAAACAGUAAUUUGGCGGCUCGCGGCGGUUCUGACAACGAAGACGACAAUAUUCUUGCAGCUGCUCAACGCGUCGAAGAUAUUUGCGUUUCGUUGAUCGGUUUGAUCAUCGCAUUGGUCAUUACAGCACUUCUCUCGCUUGUAGCAGUUGCCGUUGCGGUUUCAUGUUGGUUGAUGGCAUACCGCAGAACACCAAAAACCGCAGGUCCCUUGCCUCAUCCGCCCGAAUUCCCGAACCCGUUGUUCGUACCGCAUGGAGAUACAGUUCCUGAACCAUCGCCCGAUUAUCACUUAUCAUAAAUUAUGACUCCCGAUUAUGACUUUUGAAACCUGAAAUGACUGAAAAAAAAUAUUUCUACCAAAAUCGAAAAAAAAAAAUUCAA